AGCUCAAACCCGGCCUCGCCGCGCCAUGUGUGUGGCGACCAGGCGCGCGGGCUGCUGCCACCCUAUUUAAACAGAGGCUAUGAGACCAGGAGGAGCAACGGAGGUCCACCGAGAUCACUCAGGAGGCAGAGAGACGGGGGACGGGGGAGGAGGGGGAGGAAGAAGAAGAAAGGGGAGAAGAAGGAGGAGGAGAUGCUCUUGGCGCCCCCGCCACCAUCGCAGCAUCAGGGAUAAGUCGCGGGAGAGUUGUAGUUGAGUUGCAAAACAUCCCCCCUUUUUAAAAAAGAAAAAGCAACACAUUCCCUGCUAGUCAUCAAGACGAGAGGGGGAGAGAGAGAAAAGACGAGGCGCUCCUUGUUGCUGGAUCCAUACAAACUUUGCAGGGUUUGCUUGGGGUUUUUUUCCCCUGGCGCGCGCUCUUCUCGCAUCUUUGGGUACGUAGUUCCCGUGCAUUCAGGAGUGCUUUCCCACCCCUCUCCGAGUUCUUUUUUUCCUUUUGCGUCGCAACCAUGCCGUCCUUUUUCUUCCUCGGCUGCUUUUCUUGCAGCCUGAUGGCUUGGUUGCUCCUCGCCGGCGGCAGCAGCAGCAGCAGCAGCCGCCCGGGCGUGCAGGAGGCGGAGGAGGAGGCAGAGGAGAAAGCGCUGCGGGUGCUGGUGCUUCUCCCCAAGGACAACGCGUACCUGUUUUCCCUGGCGCGGGUCAAGCCGGCCGUCGAGUACGCGGUGCGGCGCCUGGAGGCGAACGGGACGCUCCUGCCGGCGGGCUACAAGUUCCGGCUCUUCUACAACGACUCGGAUUGCGGCAACGGGGCGUUGUUCAGCCUGGUGGACAUGGUGGCUUUGAGCGGCCAGUGGCCGGACCUGCUGCUGGGCCCCGUGUGCGAGUACGCGGCCGCGCCCGUGGCGCGCCUGGCCUCGCACUGGAACCUGCCCAUGAUCUCGGCCGGCGCCUUGGCCGCCGGCUUCGGCACCAAGACGGGCGAGUACUCGCACCUGACCCGGGUGUCUCCGGGCUACGCCAAGAUGGGCGAGAUGUUCCUGGCGCUCUUCCGCCACCACAACUGGAACCGGGUGCUGCUGGUCUACCACGAAGACAAGGAGCAGCGCAGCUGCUUCUUCGCCGCCGAGGGCGUCCAUGUGGUCUUCCGCGACGCCGGCUUCCACCUGGACGACUUCGCCUUCGACGAGAGCGCCAAGUACGCCGAGGACGUGGUGCGCGCCAUCCAGGGCGGCGAGAAAGGUGAGGAUGCGCGCGGGAGCGACCUCCGGAGGGAGCUGCCCUUACCCGGAGCCCAACGAGGCUCCUCCGGCUGGGGGUGGGCGAGCGCAACGCCUGGACGAGAGGGCGCAAGGAGCAGCGCGCAACUCCGGAGGGGCGCCCUAGGGCCCUCGGGAAGGAUCCCGCCACGCUCCUCUUUACGCACUGCUUGGUGCAGCCACUUAGGGGAAAGCGGAGAAUUGGCCCGAGGCAGCCGCCCUUCCGGAGAAUCUGCGCCCCGCGAUGCGCGCUAGCAUGGUGGGAUGCAUUCAAAUAACGCCUUUGCGUUGUUCGGCAUCUCUGUCUGGCAACACCUCUUCACUAUUUCCAGCUUAGAGCUAUAUUCGCUUAAAAAAAAAAAUGGGGCAGGGGAGCGCAUCCAGACUAUCGCCGUUUCAGAGUGGGAUUCAGUCACAAACAGACACAUUUAGGUUCCCCGAUUAUUGUUGCUUGGGAGGGCCUGCGUAACAAACCCGCUUUCCCCAGAGAGCCGGCUUUUUGCGAUAUGGAAAGUGAAGGGGAAAGGCACUGGAAACUGGCUAGCACUUGUUUUGAGACAGUUAUCACACCUCUCUGCAAGCAAAAUCGGAAUGAAUGCUCAGUAAUCAUCUUAUUGUCCCGGGUUCAGUUUGACCUAUCCUCAUAAUGGCCCUCUGAUGUAGACUACUAUUAUUCCCAUUUUACAGAAGGGAAACAGAGGCCAACCUGCGUAGACCAGGGAUGUAACUUGAAUUGAGGUCUACCACAUUCCAGUCAAAUACACCCAGUUCCUGGGAGGAUUCAGCUACUCUUUCCAUUACACUCUCUGCUACAGCUUUAUUGCUCCUUUUCCCAGGGUUGCCAUCAAUGGGGAACCUCUCCUUUGCAUAUAUUAAAGUUAACAACAGCAUUCAAAUCCAUUAAAACUUGUCAAUUGACUUGUAUUGAGCUUGGGACCACACAAAAAUAGACAUUUGGGGCCUGUGUGCUCAACUGCUGCAGAACUAUAUGUUAAAAUGGCAAAGAGUUUGUGGAAAUUAUGGCAGAGGUGAUAACUAUGCAGUUGUUCACUAGCUUUUUCCAUAUUGAAGGGCAGCAUGAUUGCUAGGACAGCAUUGGUACACGUGCGAACGCUCAACCUCUGAAAACAUACACAGUAUAAAACAACUAAAGGCUAGUUUUAAAUAACCGUUUUAAAAACUAUUCAGAAAUGAUGAAGACACAAAAAGAAUGUAUUAUCAUCAAUGAUGCCACAAACACUAUCCAGUAGGUGUUCAUAACAUUCUGGAAAGCACAGUAUGCCUAGCACCUCUUAUUGCAAUAGAUGCACUGGGAAAAUGGGAUUUCCUAAGCAGGCACAUUGGCAGAUGAUCAAUAGGGGAUAUUGCAGGCUGUUAUUGGUGGAUCAGGAAUGGACAUCAAGGAUUUAUUUAAGCAAGGCAUCUUCUGAAUGGAGUGACACAUAACCCAACUCCUCACUCUUUCCUCCACACAAGUACAGUGGUACCUCGGGUUAAGUACUUAAUUUGUUCUGGAGGUCCGUUCUUAACCUGAAACUGUUCUUAACCUGAAGCAACACUUUAGCUAAUGGGGCCUCCUGCUGCUGCCGUGCCGCCGGAGUACAAUUUCUUUUCUCAUCCUGAAGCAAAGUUCUUAACCUGAGGUAAUAUUUCUGGGUUAGCGGAGUCUGUAACCUGAAGCGUAUGUAACCCAAGGUACCACUGUAUUCUUAGAUCUGGUCUUAUUUAUGUAAUAAAUGUAUACCCCCUCCUUUCAGGGCAAAGGCCAACAACAACAACAAACCCUUACAACAAGUUAAAAAAGGGUUAUACCCAACUAGGUCAGAUUACACCUACUGAAAUCAACAGACUAAAAUUAGUCCAGAGGACCUACUCUUCAGUUUGCCGUAGUUGGCUGAAACUCAAAUAUUUUGCUGCUUUUCAUAUGCUGUUAGGGGAUUUGCUACACACUUUCUCUUGUGUCCAUACAUAAUGGAAAGUGGUAUGAAAUAAGAAUGCCUUUCCACCCACUCUGUGAAUGACUGAGUCAGAUAUGAACAGUGGAAAUCAUGGGUGCAGCUGGAUUGUAGAGUCUGAAUGUGCUACAGACUUUCCUGAAUUAUUUUGUACAGAUAUAUGCAUACAUAGAUCUGGUACAGUGCCUUAGCUUUUGAGUUUGAGGUAAUGAGGCCGUUCAGGUCUCACCUCUGCCCAGUUAAUGUAGGUAUAUAAGGCUCUUGAAAGAGUGAGUCUCCUUCAGAGUUUGGUUUUCUACUAGGUCAUUUGCUCCUGUCCUGUUUGUGAAAACAGUUGAGCAGGAAUUGCUUGGAAUGGAUCAUUUAGAAAGGAUUGUAUUUUUGUUGAUGUGGAGCACUUCAUAUGAUCCUAGCACAGUAAGUUUGAUUGAAUGUGGGCUGUAUUCAAACAGAGAAAACAGGAACCCCCUGGAUGCAGCAUGACCCAAUGCUCAUUUGAGUAGCCUUAUUGUGAUUUGUAUUAGCAAAGCUUAAUAAGGCUUUCUAAAACAUGUAUGCAUGUGUGCUUGUAGUUCCAGCUAAUAGCACCUGGACUGUGUGUGACAAGCAUGGUGUGAUUGCAUGGUGUGAUUGCUAAGAAUUGUGACCCAAGCAGUUGUUGUGAGAAGCACAUGACUGUAGAAGCAGUCAUUGUCUUGGGAAUGUAAGGUCAGGGGAGAAGGGAAUAAACUUGAGGCUAUACAUUUCAGCAUGCCUUUUAUGAAAAAAUAAAAUAGGAAAGCGAAUCCUGUCAGAAGAAAUGCCCCAGAUAAUAUAGCAAGAAUGAGUUAACGCCAGAGUUCUGUUUCCUGACUUCCUGUGCAACUUUCUCAAAAGUAAUGUUCCUGUCUAUGCCAGCCUCUCUCAUUUCCAUUUUCUGUUUCUUUGUUUAGAUUUGCCAGUGAAGGAACUGGGCCAGGAUUUCCCCUUGCAUUUCCUUCAAAAGCUGACUCAUUGAACAUUUCAUUACCUGCCUAUGUAGAAUCUAUAUGGGCAGGUUAUACAAUUUUGGAGAAUACAUUGUAUUAAAGAUAUAACAUUUUCUGUGCUUCUCGUUAUUGUUUUUCUGUCAGUUACAAAUAGUUCUUGUUUGGAGCUUUCGGGCCAACUACUCUCAAUAGCAGCAGAGUCUAAUCUUCUGUGGUGUUUCCUGUUUUUAUUCAGAGUAGGAAGUUGUUCUCUGGUAGGUCAUACCCUGUUGGCUUUUGGACUUCUUGAGUUCAGCAGGGGUAGCAGGAAGCACAGGAGUCAGAUUUACAAUGAAUGGGGAUUGAGAUAUACUCCACUGAAACUUCAGAUUGAUCCCUCUGGGUUGUUCAUUGCAUUUGCUUGUCAUCUGUUACACAAGAGACACCACAAAGCCUGACUUCCGAACUGCCUUGGGAUAUGUAUUAAAAAUGCCCUGGCUCAUAGUUAUUCCUGAUCAUGUCCACAUCUCUCUUCUCAUUUAUAAAUGUGUGUUUCUUCUGAAGCAACAGUUGAACAUUUACAUAUUGUAACUUUACGCUGUUGUACAGAAGAAAGAAGUUUGCUGCAUUGUCACUCUAGAAAAAUCAGCUUGCAGGUGCAGGAUGCAGAUAAAACACCCUCUUGUAACAUUUGGGGAGUGGAGUAGGCUAUGGAAUAGAGAUGUCAAGGGCUGUUGAAAUGUUCUCUGCAUCACUAGCACACCACAAAAAAUCCCAAGUGUCUGAAUGAAAGCUUUCCACUUGUGCGGAUAGACUAAGCAGGGGCUAUGUCUGCCUUAGAAUCUUGUUCAAAUGGCUUCUUGAUUACGUAAUUAUAAACCUUCACACAUACUUUAUUGGGGCAGACUGACACUUGCAUUGGAUUAUAAAGCUGGUAUUGGCUUGCUUCAUAUGACAGUGACUAGGGUUACUUCUUUCAAAGUCUACUUAUAUUAGACAAACUGUCUUCUUUCUUUUGGUAUUUUAAAAGUGCACUGUGUACUGUAAAUUGCUAGCUCAAGGUGGAACUAAACAUUUGAGAGUAAACAUGGGAUUUUCAGCUGUGUGUUUGAAGUCUAAACAUGAGAGAGGGGCAUAUACAGUAGAGAAGUGGGAGAUGUGGAACAGUGGGGGUGUUUAACUUUUCCCUGCUCCUUCCAACUUUAUUCUUAUCAUCUCUACCCCAAGCAGGACAUCCAAGACAUGCUUUCCUAGGAAGUGGGGGAAAGCAGACACAACAGGAAGUUGCAGAGUGAGGUCAGGGCAGGGUUAAGCACCUCUUCCAAUUCCCUCUCGUAGCUCCUGCAAAUGUCAACCCACCUCUGCCUUGUAUAUUAAGAGCAAAAAGGAAUUCCCAGUACAUUUCUAGUUUCACCAUCAGACAAGAGCCAUGUUUGCACAUUGUAGUUCAAUUUCUGGAUCAGACAUAACUCUCAGCUAGGGAUUAUGGGUUGUUUCCUGCAUGUGUGAGCAGAGAUUAGUCUUAACAGCCCAGAAAGGAAUAUUUACAGUAAACCAUUAACUAUAGCUUACCGUUACAUGUAACUGAGCCAUCAUAUUUUGUGGAAAGUGAAUAAAUUCAACUUUUUAUUCAAGCCAAGGACCCCUCCUGUUUGAUUUAAGCAUCCCGUUGUUGUUGUACUAUAUAAUAAUAGUUCCUUAGCAAUCAGCCUCUUUUUCAAGGUCUUUCAUUUGAAGAAUGCAAAAACCCCAUGAGCGUAUCCAAAAGGAAAUGUUGGAUGGACAGCAACAAAUCUGAUGCUUAACCUUUCAUUCUUUUAUAGUGACUCUGCCUAUGUUAGGAGUGUGAGAGAUGUUUUCUUUUGGCCAUGCUGAAUAUAGAGUCUCUUCCCCCUCAACCUUGGAGAGAUCCCGUUGAGUAUUGCAUAAAUAACAAAGGCAUUUAGUGGAAGGAACCAUCAGGGGAGCACAUGGAUUCCUGACUCUCACAUUUGUUCAGCAAUACGCUCAUCAAUUUAGAAAAUCAAGCAACUGGGAGACAAACAGCUUGGAAAACAUUUUGUUGUUGUUCUUGCUGUUGAAAACUUAGAUACAAUAAAUGGAUUUAAUAAUCAUUUCUUAGUGUGAUCUUUAGUGAUAUACAUUUUGGGUGGAAAAUGGUGGAUACAAUUAAUUACAAAAUCCAGGGCUUGAGGUGUAAGUAUUGGGGGAUACAUUGUGUCAAAUCUGGGUCGUCCCCAGUCACUUACAAGGACUGAAAUGUGGGUUGGUUUUUAGACUGAACAGAUGAAUGGAACAAAGCCUUCCAUGUGACUGCUGCUUAUUUCCCCAUCCUCCAGGGGUGGGGGAACCUUUUUCACCCUGAUGGCAUUACAUGGCCUCUUGGGCAGCCUUCCAGGGGCCAUAUGUUAAUGGUGGGUAAAUAUGUCUCUUUUCUUUGUACAGUAGGCUGUUCUGUACCCCUAUCAUGGCAUCUCCUAGCCCCAAGUGCUCACCCCUCCCCAGUUCAUUUCUGAUAUUGGAGAACUAUCUCAUUUAUAUGUCAGUAAGAAAUAGAUAAGCACUAUCUUUUAUUAUACAACGUUGUCUUGAAUAUAGGACUAAGUAAGCUUUGCAAGUCAUAUUUAUACAUUAUUAGCUAUACUUUUACGCUGUCUGUCCAGCUGUUUUCUGUAGACUACCCACAGCAUGUUAAAACCAACAAACAACCACAAUUAAAACUCCCAACGGGGUGAAGCAGCAGGUAAAUCCCAUGUUAAAGAUCAGCAACUGGCAGAUAUUGGGCCCAGUGCUGCUCCCUGAAAAGGCCCCUAGUUACCAACCCAAAGGCAAAAUAGGGGCAUGAGUCUGGACCUGUGACUGUGGUAACAGGACAUGCCAAUCACAAGACACUGGAGGAUGGUGACUGGGGCCUUGGUCCUCUUUCCUCACUGGGUGUCCUCGUUAUUAGGGUCUUCUAUAAAAGACCAAAAGUAAAUAGUCCUAUACACUCUCUACCUGUAACAUAAUGACUUUAAUCAGGUGAGAACAUGUAAUUGCAGUGAUGGUGGAUAGUUGAUAUCAUUAGCUCAUCUGUGGUUUGUUGUGCAUGAUUUAUCAAUACUUGAAUUCUUCAGUGCUUUUAGUCAAUCUUGCUAAUUGAUACUUGAGGAAUAACUUUGAUUCUGCUUACUUAACGGCAGAUUAAAUAUAUAUAGGUUAGAAAUGAGUGGGUAUUUUUGAAGGAAAUCAAGCAAAACUUGUUUGUAGCUAGAAAGUGGUCCAUGCAUGCGCUGGAUUUUGCUUGUAUAAGUUGUAUGUGUGCAUCUGAAGCUGGCAGCUUGUUAGGAGAUUAAACUACAGGCCUGCACCAAGCAGGAGAUUGGACUAGAUGACCUACAAAGCCAUUCUCGACUGUUGUGAUCCUAUGAGACUGUGCGGCCAAUGCAUCUUUCCAAGUUGAGAUCCUGCAUCUAUUGACUCGGCAGUUAUUAGCAAACACAGUGCACCCACGGGGUUUCACUUUGUCCUGUGAGGCUUCAGACUGUCCCUCAAUCUGAGCAGUUUGCCUUCUGCACCAGAGCCUGUGGUGCUCUAGAUGGUGCUGGAAUCCAGCUCCCAUCAGCCCUAUAAAGCCAAUGGUCGGAUAUGGUGUGAGUUGUAGUCCAACAUUAUCUGGAGUGCCAUAGAUUCCCUGCUAGCAGAAGGCCUGUAAAUUCCUUCUGGUCCAUGAGCAUAUCAUUUGCUUCCUCUUUGCCUCCAUGCUUUGCCUUGUCUGCCUCUUUGUUGAUGAGCAGCCUUCUGCUUGCCCAACUCAGCUGUGGCCAUUGCUGCAGACUGACUGCCCUGAUUAGUGAUUCUGUCAAUGCAGAGACUCCCUUAAUCAAAGUAUAAAUUAUGAAGCCAAUUUUCAUUAAUUAAUUUGACAGUUCUUUUCCAUGUGUAGCCAUUUUAGGUUUUAGGUUCAGCACAGAUAAGAUUUCAGUUGUGAUCUUUGUUUUAGGUUUAAAGUGUCUGGCGAAAGCAGACAGGUUUUCUCACACAAUCUAAAAUACUUUUCUUACCAUGUCACAGGUUUUUGAAGAUGUUCCAGUUCUCUUGAUUUAGAUCUGGUGAAGUUUUAGCAAUUUAAUUUCUGUAACUCAAUCAUUCUACAGAAUGACGGGAUUUGUUAUCACUGAUCUUAGUUAUUCAGAUUAAAGCAGCCUUCCCCAGCCUGGUGCCUGUCAGACUACAAGUGCCACCAGCCCCAGCCAAGUGCUAUGUUUUCCAAAACUUCUGGAGGGAACCAAGUUGGAAAGUGCUGGAUUAAAGGAGAAGGUUGUAGCAUUACGAUCUAGGAAUGCCUAGUUCACAAUGCCCAGGAAAGAGUACACAACUACGUUUUAGUCAUUGAAAUUAAUGAGCAUGACUAAGUUAUGUCCAUUAAUUUCCGAAGGUCUACUUUGAGUAAAUCAUAGCUGACUACCACCCUAAGUCUUAAGAAUCACAGCACCCCUCCUUUCCUGCACAUUAUUAAACAUCAUGGGUAUGAUCCAGCCAAUGUGAAGUGUUUUUAAAUGCUUUCCAGGAAAUAUCAUAACAUAUACUUAUAAUGGUAUUUUAAAAUGCUUAACUUUAAUUGGAUUGCCCCCUAACUAUGUAUUGUUAAAUGUUCCAACUAUUUAAGUCUUCCCUCCAAUAAAUAAAAAAUACACCAUUGCAUGAAAUAUUUAAAAUGUAGAUGAUGAAAUUGAUGUUUAAAACCCCCACAAACAUUAUGUCAAUGAAAAGCCUGACAAUAAUAGGCCAUUGAGGGUGGUAUUUUCAAAUAAGCCUAGCAGAAUUAGGAGCUGGGCUUCUGCAGAGUGGCAGUGAAAUUUGUCCCAUUGGUUGCUAUAUUUUCCUUUGAAACCCCUAGCCUUGUUACUGGCUGUUAUAUCCAAGAUUUUGAAAAGCAACUGGAGGACAUUUUAUGUCCUUAUCUCCAGCUGUACAUAAAUUUGACAAUCUGUUUCCAGUAGUUUGAGGAAUAGUUUCUUAUCUGUGUUUUCCAUUUCUUUCCACCAGUUGUGAUCAUGUGUGCCAGCAGUGACGCAAUAAGGAACAUCAUGUUGGCUGCACAUCGGCAAGGAAUGACCAAUGGAGACUAUGCUUUCUUCAGUAUUGAACUCUUCAACAGUUCAUCAUAUGGUAAUGUGGUUUCUUUCCUCUGGUGGGUUCAAGGCUUUUAUAAACAAAGCAAAGUUUUAAAGAUCACUUUAGUCUUUAAGUUUGUAAGUCUUAAAAUAUGCCACAUAGCAUUGUCUCUUCUAACACUUAUUAGUAUCCACUUGGAUUAUGAAAUUAGAAAGGGGGGGCAAGGUUUUAAAAGUUCAAUGUAUAAAGAGAAAUUGGUGACGCAAAAAAGAGCUAAGACUGGGAUGAGAGAUGAUAGCCAUCUUCAAAUAUCUCAAGGGCUGUCAUGUGGAAGAUGAGGCAAGCUUGUUUUCUCCUGCUCCAGAGGUUAGGACCCAAACCAAUGAAUUCAAGUUACAAGAAAGGAGAUUCCCACUAAUCACCAGGAGGAAUUUUCUGACAGUUGAACUUUCUGUUCAACAGUGGAAUGGACUCUCUUGAAAGGCAAUGGACUCUUUCAUUGGAAGUUUUUAAGCAGAGGUUGGAUGGUCAUCUGUCAUGGAUGCUUUAGUUGAGAUUCCUGCAUUGCAAGGGUUGGACUAGAUGGCCUUUGGGUACCUUCCAACUCUACAAUUCUAUGAUUCUAUGAAAUGUAUGAAAUACUGAUAGCCUUUUAUUUAUUUUUUAAUUUGUUUUCCCCUCUGCCCUCAAGGAGUUCAGAGCUGGAUUUGAGUCCUGUGAGAUAGCUUAUGUUGAGAGACAGUAACUUGUCUGGAACCACCAGUAUGCUUCAUAUGCCAAGCCAGUGUCAAUUUGAACAUGUGUCCCCAUUGGACAACCACAUUAUCACAUGGGAAGUUUGAUCCAUACAUGUUGCUGCAGCCUCUGGCUGCUCAGGCAAGAUAAUGAGCAUGGGGUUGAUCUUCAUGACCUCAAAGAUUACUUCCCAUUCUAUGAGUCUGUGAUUUCAAAGGCCUGGCUUGUUCUGAAGCUAUUUAACCAUAGUUUUCCAUUUCAAAUAAGGAAAGGGGCUCAUUCAUUUCUCAACUGAUUAAUCAAAGGUACGCUCAUCCAAACAUCCUCAUAGAAUCCUACUAGACUGGAGGUAGAGGAAUGAUGUGGAUUAUUUGCUCAAUUCAUCACCAAGCAGCAAAGCCUCAAGGUGGCUUAUAUUAUAAGAGCAACAAUAAUAUUUUUUUUAAAAGACACAAUCAUCCAAAUUGCUAAAUAUAACCACCACAAUAAGCAGACACACUCCCCACCCACUUCACCCCUCUAGACAUAUUUUUCUUUUCUCUUUUCCGCUCUUAAAUUCUUUUUGAUUCUUUUUUCUUAUUCAUUAGUGUAAAUUUCCAGUUGUAAAAAUUAGGUUUCCAGGGAGAUUAUAGCAGUUGUGUUGUGGCACUCUGUUGUCUGUAUUGCCAGUGCACAAUGUUAUUGCUGAAAAAAUGAAAUAAAAACGAGCAUAUCUCUUGGGACCCCCCAAAAAGGGAAAUGUUUCUUUGUUUCCCUUUCUUAGGUCCCAAGAGCUAUGCUUGUUUUCAUUUCAUUUUUGUCCUGAACUUCCUGUAAAGAAUGUCAGACUUUUGCCACACAUCUCACCCUUGAAAACAGCAUGCUUCCUUUUUCUGUAGUACAGUGUGUAGCCUUUUGUUUUAAAAAACUGCAUUAAUGAAUCAUGCAGGGUACAAUCCAUCCACAUUUAAUUUCAAUGGGAGAGAUUUGAUAAGGUGUUUGAUGCUCUCAUAGGUAAUAAGUGUGAUUUAAAAGUGUUUAAGUUUGGUGGCUUGUGCGCCUUUGUUAGCAGGACAACAUCCUUUAAAUCUCUGGCUGCCCCCAGCAACACAUGGGGAAUACAGCAGGACGAAAGGGGGAAAACGAGCUCUUUAUGGUAACUGGCUUGGAAUUGUAAAUAUUUUUAUUUCUCCCUUAGGUAAUGGCUCAUGGAAGAGAGGAGACAAAUACGACCUUGAAGCAAAGCAGGCGUACUCAUCCCUCCAGACAGUCACACUACUGAGGACAGUGAAACCUGAAUUUGAGAAGUUUGCCAUGGAGGUGAAAAGUUCUGUACAGAAACAAGGAAUCCAUGAUGAUGAUUACGUAAGUGCCCGAUUAUGAGGCUAGAGAUUUUGGCAUCAUAAAAACACCCACCUAAUUAAAUCAGAGGUGACAAAGUGGCCUUUUCUGAAUUGGACCAAAUUGUUGGAGUGUUCAGCUACUUUUUCAGAACACUUUUCCUGGUAGCCUUAAAAAAAGCAACCCCACUUGCAAGUGAAAAUUGCUCUUUCUGUUUGUUCACAGUCAUCUGGAACAGAGUUCCUUUCAUCUUCAUCUGUCUUGCUCAUCAUGAGGCUUUUAAGGGAUGAUGUGGUGAAGAAACUGGUUCUGUAACCCUUACUGUUUCUCUGCGUCAGGACUUCCUUAGUUUUCCAUUUAGCUCCAGGUUUCCCUGAGUUAUCUCAAAAGCCAUUCCAGCAGAGAACCAAGUUAUCCUCUAGCUCCUUGUCACCUUAUCAAAUAAUUUAUUGCAGUCAAUCAACAAACUGCAUUCCUUCCCACUUGUGUUGAUGGAUGAUACUGGGGAACAUAAACCAUGCCAUGAAUCCUUUCCACCACUUGAGACCCUUUCUCACUCCUUUCUCUGUAGUUGUAGCUGGGUUCUAUUACAAAGUACCUGAAUGAACUUUAUCUGCUCUCUUGACUUGAACAGGCUCUCAGACCAAAUUUGAGAAGUCUUGUUUUGCCAUUGUAACUUUUUUCUUCUUGAUGAUCUUUGCAUCUCUUUCUCUCACUCUCUUUAUAUUAGUUAAGGUGCAUUUUAGAUGCAUUUAUGUCUGCUCAUGCAAAGGUACACUGGGAAAAUGUGGAACCUAUCAAAAAUGAAGGGGGAGGAACAAGGUUUCUCAGAUGCAGCUUGUGAGAUUUGCGUUUUACUUCCUUAAUUGUGUUACAGAAACAUCUUCCAGUUUAUUAUAAUAUCCUGAAAAGAGCUCUUUUGCACUCACAACUAUUCUGAACCCAGAAAUAUCAGCAUUGGAGUAUCUAAUACUGCUGUCGUGGUCUUGGAUCCAGACAGAGACAUAGUUAGUGCUCCAUCAGGGGAGGACAUAACAGAGGAGGUUUAUACUGUAAACCGCCCUGUGAUCCUCGGAUAAAGGGUGGUAUAUAAAUUUAAUUAACUAAAUAAUAAUAACAAACCCAAGGAAGACCCUAUAUCUGGAACAUUUCAAGAAGCAGCCACUGAGGCAGUUCUUCUGGUGGAGACUUCCUGAGAUGAAGAGAAGGCACAGCAGUCUGUCUCUAAUCCCCAGGGACUUUGCUUCUUUUAUCCUCUGGCUCCCAAUCAUGGUUUCUUGCCUGUAUCACUUGAUACCAAAGACUCCGCCCCAGAACUUAUCUCAGCUCUUUGCAUUCUGCUGCAAUCACACACACACACACACACACACACACACACACACACCGGCAUGCCAGUCCCUGAGGCAGCAGAAAACACCACUUCAGUCAAAGGCAGGUUGCAAAAACAAAGCAUCUCUUUGAGUACUGAUUUCCUCCAGGGAUGUGGGGCCCAUGGCACAGACCGCCCUGCCUAGUUAUAUUUGCCCUCAUGAGAGUUCAGGUCAGUACUGGGGUAAUAUACUGGAUUGCCCGUCCUUGGCACUGAUCAUUUGCCUUCGCUUGGCUCCAGCUCCCACCAUCGCUGUCCCAGGUUCUGACACCAGCCAUCUCUCUUUUAUUCAUUUAUUUUAUUCCAUUUAUGAGUCAUUUAAUUUUUUAAAAAAAUCUCUAGGCAAUUAUGCUUGCCUGCUUGGCUCUGCGGCCCGCCUGUGGCUAUUGCUAUAAGUACUUUCCUGGCCAUCCUGACUGCUGCUAUGGCGUAGCUCCUCUGCAGCGUCAGUUAUGAACAGCGCUUGAGCAAAAAAUGUUGUUCUCCAUCCAUGGGUGAGGCCUGUCUUUACAGGAGAUGAAUAAUGAUUCGGUUCCUAGAGUGUAAGUAACAGCUGUUUGUAGAUAGUGCAAUGUGAUUAAGAGGAAGAUAAUUCCAGGUUAAAGAUUCAAAAUGGUCAGUCCAAAGCAAUUAGCAGUAACAUCCGUUGUCGCCGUUUUCUGUUUUUAAAUUAUAACUUGGUUGCAAUUUUCCUUAACAUUAAAAGUAAAAUGAAAUGAAAUGUAUACUGUUCGGGUGGCAUCCAAUUGGUGCCCCUCUGCUAGCGGAAUGCAUUCCGAGCAGAAAAGGGAGGGAGGGAAUUUUCCGCUUUGCCCCUGCAGUCCCUUAAAAUCUGCCCCCUAAAACUAAGUCCCCGAGGGUGGAUUAUAUUGGGGGGGAGAGGAAAUAGCACAAAAUUGCCCCCCUCUCUGUCCACUUCCAGAUGCCUUCUGUCAGCACAGGGCACCAGUUAGAUACCACCCUUUUCUGUAGGGGAGAAAUUACUUCCUGAAAACCCCCCAAGUGUUUUAUCUUGUGAAGAUUUUAGGCAUGGAACAUAAAGAAACAUAACAAUGGGGACACAUGUAAAGUUCUUUAAUAAACCCUUUAAGAAAUGCCAAGUUCCUUGAUAAAUAUUCCAUUGUAUGUCAGUGAAUGAAGUGUUCUUAGAUGUUCCAGAGACACUUUCAGCAAGUGAUUUCAAAUAUUCCGUGUUAAAUCCAGGCAGUUGCCCAUUGGUAUUAGUGCAAGACUUUUCCACUACAGCAAUUUCCAUUCUCUACACUGGCUUUAUAUUGCAGCUCCUGAAUGCAGCAUUUGACAGGCAGGGUGUCAGAGGAUUUUGUUUUUGUUGUUUUUUAAAAAACACCCCACCAGAGUUUUGCCUGUUCGGAGGCACUGAACUGUAAUCUCGGCUGUUUCACCUUCUUUUUCCCCAUGAGAACACCCUCUAUGGAGCUCUGUUAGGAAUAAAAGUUCUGUGUCAGAUGUGGCACAGCCCUCAUUGAAAGUCUACCAACUCCUUGUAGUUGUAGAUAGUGGAAGCAAUCAUUUGGAACUAAAAUCCAUUUUGUAUGUCCCUCCACAAAAGGUUAAUGGGACACAGUACAUCUAGUAAUUUCUAAUGCCCCCCCAAAUGCAAAUCAUUUUUAGCAGCAGACCUUUAAAUCUGUUUUAUACAGAUUUGGGUUUAAAGCUCCACUGUAAUUAAACUUCUUAGGACAUGUGAAGGUUUCUUUUCUUUUUUGAACCAAAGGGGCGGGGAGCUUCUGCCCCACCCCACCGCCCAGGCCAGGAGCCAUACAGAACAUGGUCUGUGUGAGAACAUGAUAGGCCAUUCAGGAGAGGUGUAUAAUGCUAUAUUUUGCUAAGAUGUCUGAAAAUGUUGCUUUGAAUGGUAGCUGUCCUCCUAGCAUUUAAUGCCAAACUGCUACAAGUGUUAGCAACCUCAGUAUGGUGUCACAUUGACAUCAUACAUUUAAUGCAAACAUGGUUUACCCUAAAAUAAUUGUGCAAACCAUAGUCCCCCCCCCAAACAACAAACCCCAGCUCCCUAAACAAACUACAGUUCACAGGAAUAUUUGGGGGGAAGUCAAUGUGCUUUAAGAAAAUGUUGUGAGCAUGACCUAAGAGAACAUAGGAGUUCAGUCAUAGCAUUGAAAAGGGAGAGGAGACAGGGAAGUUGCACGCUGGAGUUCCACAAGUAAUAAACCUAAUUUAAGGCCAUCUACAUACCUCCCAAGGACUGUACUGGAAAUUUAUAUUAAGAUGUUGGCAUUGGAAUAUGAAUAACAAUAUACCAUAGCAGCAUUAGGGUCCCAGGGUAGAAAUGGCUGGAUCAGUCUACUUCUUAGUCUGUUUUCGUUGCAUGUGUUAGUUAUUGAAUCCAUCCUGUACUUUACAUUGCAUUAGUGAAUUUUUGAAACUAAAAAGCACAUUAAAGUUUGUGUUUAAACACGAGCAUCGUAUUCAACAUACUUGCAUACAGUGGUACCUCAGGUUAAGUACUUAAUUCGUUCCAGAGGUCCGUUCUUAACCUGAAACUGUUCUUAACCUUAACUUAAGCACCACUUUAGCUAAUGGGGCCUCCUGCUGCCGCCGCGCCGCCGGAGCACAAUUUCUGUUCUCAUCCUGAAGCAAAGUUCUUAACCCGAGGUCCUAUUUAGCGGAGUCUGUAACCUGAAGUGUAUGUAACCUGAAGCGUAUGUAACCCGAGGUACCACUGUAUUUUAAAAGUGGUUGAAGAGCUGUCUUUAACAUUUUAAUCCCUUUUCAAAAAACAGUCAAAGUAACCACUCCAAGCAUAUCUGCCUCCACAACUGUGUGUACUGUUGCAGUUAACCAUCUUCCCCCACACCUGAUCACAGGGAUCUUGUCAGUUCCAUUUCAAACACAGUCUUGGUGGCAGAAAUGCUUUGUUCUGAUUCAUGAGUUAGUCUGGGAGGAGCAUGUCAGGCCAAUUUGGGGGGAAGAUUUUGGUUCCUCCUUGGUUCAUUUCCAACAGAUGCAGCUGAUUUCAGUGAAAUGUACUUGUUGCAAGUUAAGUGUGCUUAGGAUCUCUGUUAGUUUAAUCUGUCCGGAAUACUGAAUUCCAAGAAAGUCCAAGGAUGCCUUCCUGAGGAGAGUAGUAGAGCUUCCUAAAUAGAAGUCAGUCUUCCUCAGUUACAGCCAGUUGGCCAAUAUAUUAUUGUUAGUCUCUCAUCAAACUGGAAUUUCCUGUGCGAGCAAAUCUUAACACUGAACAGGUAACAAUGUUUCUCUCAACUGUACUUCUUUCAGAAUUGGAACACUGUGUUAGUAUAAAGCAACUGUAAGGUAGACUGCAUCUGCAAAUGUAGUUGAUAACCUGUUUCCAGGGUCCUUAAAGUGAUACAGAUAUCCUCUUGCAUUGUCUUGCCAUUGCUGUCUUGCCAGUCUAUUAACGAGGCAGUAAAUCAGUAUGGAGUAAUAUUAAUGUAAACUUGAAUUAUUUAAACACGUGCUGUAGGAUUUAUUUAUUUUUUAAGCAUAGCUUUGUAAAAAGCAAAACUAAACAGGCCCUGAAUUGGUGCCUGAUGGGGAAACCCCAAAAAUAUUAACUCUAGACAGUAUUCUCACCUGAAACACCCAGCUUUGUUAGGGCCCUUUAAUAUUAGGUGACCAUGUGAUUUCAAGUGCCUCACAAUAAAUAAGCACACUUGCGUUUGAUUUCCCAUUCUGAAAACAGCAUAACAGGAAAGAUUGUCAAUGAAAGCUGCUGCAUUUGUUCAUAAUUGUGUGUAUGUUAUCUCAAGUCCUGCUAACAAAAGCAUAAAGAGUUGAUUUACAGUUUUUCAUUCUGCCUUGGUGCAAAAGAAUACAACCUUGGCCUUGAAUAGGAACUCUGCUCAGAAGGACAGAGAGUUGUUAACAGUUCUCAAGAGCCAUCUGCAGUCUUUUAAGCAACACAGUGGAAAUAGCAGUAUGUUCUCUUAAAUCACACAGUAAAAUGUAACCUCAAACUACUGCUAAUAACAUGCAAUGGGGGGACAAUUCCAAUGGUAGUAAGCUGCCAUCAUAAAUACACCUUAACUUUGGACUGUAUUGACUCAACAAGCCAAACUAGGAGGAAAGAUGAAAGGCAGGCCUCCUGAAAAUGUACUGUAAUUCAGUUCUUCUGCUGACUCCUGCCUAUUCCCAUUUACCUGACAGGUGGUAAUAUAGCCUUUCUAAAAUCCCAUAGAGAUAGGAAAAAAGGAUGUCUUCUGAUUCUGAUGGAAGUUUCUUAAUAUAUUAUAUGGUUCCAUUAUUUCCCUCCUGUGAUCCUGGAAAUUUACAUAAAGCUACAAUUCUAAGCAUGCCUACUCAGAAGUUAAGUCCCACUGAAUUCAGUGAAGCUUACUCCCAGGUAUGCGAGGUUAUGUUUGCAGUCUAAUUCACUAAUUCAGAAGCAUGAUGCUUUACAGGCAGGAGCCAAGUGUAGCCUCACCCACAUAUUCCUUAGCUGGUGGUAAAAUUACAAACUGUCAUUUUAUGACUCCAGCUUUAAGCCCUGAGAUAGCUAUUGUUAAAAGUAAACACCAAAACUACACAAAUCUAUAGCACAAAGAUUUGUUCCCAAGUUGGCAUGCCCAGCAUACUUAAAGCUUACAGAAUCUGGCCCCGAGCAUAUGAAAUUUCUUCUCAAUAGUCUAUUGUUUUGUAGAGGAAGGUGAACAGUAUCUUAAGCAACUGCAUAAAUCUGGUUCCCUCUAGAUUACUAUUACUGAACUUUACAUAACAGGGCACCCAUAAGAGAUUUUAAUCCAUGGAUUAGAUAGGGUAUAUGUAUAGAAGCUUCAAUAAUGCCAUGGUCUCUUCAAAAUAUAAGUACCCCACUGUUUGUUUUCUUAUCCAAAAGACACUGUACAUGUUUACCAAGGGCAGAAGCUGGUUCUGUUUUUCUUAGUUAACAGAAACUACAACCUUUUCAGAAUCAAAUGACAUACAUUUGGUUUUGAUUUUUGUUUCUUUGAGAUGCUGUUGUUGGUUAGAUUUUUACCUAUACAUUUUCCCUGAAGAAGCCCAGAGCUUUACAUCACAAUGUAAAACAACACAGGAUUUAAAACAAUGUAAAAUACAUUUGAAAAGCACCUCAGAGUCAGGGCUUUUGAACCAGACAGGCAGGGAGUGUUGUCCAAGAAGCUGAGGCUGAAUGGUCCCCAAGCCCACGUGAACAACAGUUCCUUAAAUGAGAGGUGGAAACCUGCCCCAUAAAAAGAAGUGCCAUAAUUCAGGAAAAGACUCCUUCGGAGGCAAGGUCCUCCCCAUGAGGAGACCUCUCUCUGAUAACAACUGGUAGAAUUCAGCAGGACCCUGGUAUGGUUCCAGCAGCUCCAGUUCAAAAGUACCUGGGUAGAAGAGCUGUAUUUCCAUCAGCUACACACCUGGCCUUAACACCUAUCUGUGUGGCCACGCUGUGUACUGCCUCUUGUCCUUGGCCUGUGCCCUUGCCUUUAUUGCUAGCUGUUUGCCCAGUCCCUGGACUGCUUGUGGGCCUUGUGGACCCUCUCUAGCUGGGACCUGGCCUGAAACAGGACACACGGGGAUACUAAUGAAUGGUCCAGCUGUACUGCCCCAGUCACUAUCCUGGCAACCACAUUCUGCACCAACUGCAUCUUUCAGACCAUCUUCAAGCGUAGCCCCAUGUAGAGUGCAUUGAAGUAGUCCAAAUGGAAGUGCUGCAGCGAACUAGCCAGCUGUAGUGGAGAAUAAGCAUCCCUUGCCACAGAAGCCAUUUGAGCCUCUAGUGACAGAUUGGUAUUAAGGAGACUGCACACCUGCUCCUUCAGAUGUGCAACCAUCCCCAGAGCAGGCUACCUGCCUAAUUCCCUAACAUGAGAACUGCCUACACACAGCACCUUCCUCUUAAUCAUUUUCAGCCUUGGUUUAUUGGCUCCCAUCCAGCCCACCACCGGCUCCAGCCCCCACUUGUCUAGUAGCUGGUACAGCCUUUGCUGAUUUAUAUGGCAUGGAGGUAGAGCUGCAUGCCAUCAGCAUACUAAUGAUAUUGUGCUACAAAUCCCCAGAUGACAGCUUUCAGUGGUUUCAUAGCACAAGGGAUGGAAUAGACCCCUGAGGAACCUUACAGCCUAAUAGCCAUGGGGUUGAGAAAAAGUUUCCAGUGCUGCUCUCUAUAGUUAAGAGUGGAACUACUGCCACACACUGCCUCCAGCUCCUCUGAGUAGCUUCAGAAGAACGUCACAGACAGUUCUGUCAAAAGCCACUUAAAGAUAAAAGGUCAUCAAUUGGGGUAGUCAUCCAUGUUUCAGUGCUGGAACUGGGUCUGAAGCCAGAAUGAAAUGGGUCCAGAUAAUCUUCUUCCUCCAGGCACACCUGCAGUUGGUUAGAUGUUAGGAAAGUUGCACAUUUCUAUUGCUGGCAAAGUGCAAUUUGGCUACAAAGGAAGCAGUAGCUGUGGGAAGAUGUGUGAAUCCCCCACCACAAAACAUGCACACAAAUUUCCCUUACUGGCUGGAGAACAAGUGUAUUGCAACAAAUGAAGAAUUUGUCCAUUCUUCAUGCUAUAAAACCACAAUUUCAAUUUUUAAAAAAACAUUAAUAUUAUAAUAUAUGAGUGCUGAAGAGGGGUAUGAUUUGAAUAUGCAUAAGAAAAUGAGUGUGUGAUGGCUUGUACCCAUUAUAGUGUUAUUAUGCCUGUAAAAAGUAAGGACAACCCCAGAGUAAAAAUAGAUCCUGACAUACCUAGUUUACUAAAAAUUGUUUUUCAGUUAAAGUUCAGGCACAGUCCAUUUUUAUUAAAUGAUUCUGCACUCUUACAGGAAAUUGGCUUAGGCUUUGCUUUUCAAAAUUAUUAAUGCUACCUCUGUUACUGGUUUGGGGGUAGAAUUUAAUAAAUGCUGCUUUUAUUUCAGAUCCAGUAUUCUGAGCUGGGAUGAUUUUAUAACCUUGGCUAUUUGGCCUUUUGAGGUUAGCAAGGCCACCCAUGGCUUGUUUUUUCUUCUCAUUUAAAAGCAAGGGGAAAAUUAACUAAUUUAACAAACAUUCCAGCAAGGUUGGCUGGAUAGAGCGGGGUUGCAUUGUUUGGUGGGAUCAGAGUUUUGUCACUCUUAAGAGGCUUUCCGCAACACUAAUGUCGGAGAGAAUGAAGAGCAGGCCUUAUUUGAUUUAUAACUUUUCUUGUUGAAAGAAUGUGCACCAGUGCAUUAAAUUAAUUAUUUUAAUCAGAUAUUCUCUCUCUCUCUAAUGAGCAGGUCAGUUAGACAACAUUUGUCAAUGAGAGUUGAAGGCACUGCCAGUCCUCUGAAGCAACAAUUUAGCAUUGUGUUGAUUAUCUUUAAAAAGCUACAUGGGAGGCAGCAGAAAUUGGAAUGCUUGUCAGCUGGUCCAUAAUUUCCAUGCCAAAUACUCCCACUUAUCUGUCUUCCAAUUCCCCCAACUUCUCUCUCUCUCUCUCUCUCACACACACAGGCACCCCCCCCCAAAAAAAAACAUUAUCCAUUAAUUGGGACUAUACAGUCACAGAGAGUGGAGGUGAUGGAAGAUUGCUAAGCACUUCCUAAAAAUCUCUUUAAAAGAAAGCAAAAAUGUUACAUGUUCAGUGGUGUGUGCACCACUUGUCUUUUUCCAAACCAGCCAAGUAGGAUUAAUGACAGGCAGGCUUUUGUGUCCUCUUUUAAAUGCAUCAGGAGAGAAAGGAGAGGAAAUAAAUAGGCUGCUGCCAAGGAAUAAUUUGUACAAAUGAAUAGAACUUUUCAGUAUCUGGAGUGCUUUGCUAAUUGUCUUUGAAAGAAUAAAAGCAAACCGCAGAUUUGCUUUCAGUGGCAAGAAAAACCGAAUUCACAUUGCAGCUUAUGUUUUACUGACAGAAUCAAUCCACUAUUAAUUAGAAGUUUGUGGCAUGACUGUAUAGCCACCAAAGUCAGCAAGAGCUUUCCCACUAUCUUUCUUGAGAGGAUAAAGCCCAAGAUAUCUGAUGUUUACUGACAAUGAAUAAAAUUACACUCUUAUUUUUCCUUAUGCCCCAAUGCAUUUUUGUCCCUUGUUUAUGUGGACAUUUUGAAACAGACUACAUCUACCCAGGCCAGGCGCAUUCAAUGUUAUGUUUAGUAGUUUAGCAACCUAAUCCUUGGUUUUCAGCAUAUUACCCCCAGUUGGAAUCUCAGAGUGUUAGAACAUAGACAUCUUUUCCUUUGAAUGCAAUACUUGGAGACAUUUAGAGCAAGUAGGAUUGGAAGAAAACUAACCUGGUAGUAUAUUCAACAUAUUGUUAUAAAGUAGGGAUGAGGACCACCUGCAGCCCUCCUGGACUACAAAUCCCAUCAGCCCCAGCCUGCAUGGUCAAUGGUCACAGAUGAUGGAAGUAUGUAGUCCAACAGCAUCUAGAGGACCACAGGUUCCCCAUAGGAACAUAACAAGAGCCUGUUGGAUCAGGUCAAUGGCCCAUCUUGUCCAGCAUCCUGUUCCUGCUGGCACAACCCACAAGCAAAACCCAAGCACAAGAGCACUUUCCUCUCUUGUAGUUUCCAGUAACUUAAUAUUUAGAAGCAUUAUUGCCUUCGACCAAGGAGGCAGAUCAUAGCCACCAUGACUAGUAACCACUGCUCUAAGGUAUAACCAUCCUUGCUGUAAGGUGUUGUUGAGGCUUGGAAUUAAUUUUAUGGUAACAUACGGCUAGGGUGUAGGUUAAGUUGUAACUGAAGGAUUUUUAUACGUUUUUGCAAGGCAGUUUUGAUAGAUUCACAUUCUGCAGACCUAAUCAACUUCAAACCCAGGGCAUAAGAGCUGUGCCAAUGCCAGUUUUUUUCUUUCAUAAAAUAUUUCUGCAUUGCUAAUCAAAGAGAUCCACAGUGGUUUACAAAAUCAAAAUGAAGCCAACAAUAUAAUAAGAAAAUACAAAAUUCAUACACCAGCAGUAGCAGAUUAGUGGCAGGAUCAAAAACAACCACAAAGCAGUGUUGAACAAAGACAUGGUAACAGUCAGCUUUAAAUCCUGCCAGAGCUGGAAGAUAUAGGAGCCACGCGCUCAUCACCAAAAGCAGCAAUUCAAUGUGUAGUCGUCCUCUGUUAAUGCUUAGUAUUAAGUGUAGCAGUACAUCAUUGUGCUGUGAGUUUCCACACUUGCACUCCACUGCACUGUCUGCCACUUGUGGAUAUGGGAACAGUAAGUAAUAUCAGGUCAUGUUUUCUGUAGUACUAGACAUUACAGGGGCUGCGAGGGGAAAGAGGAGAUGUUGCUUCUGGUAGGAGCCACAUAGCUCUUGCUAUGCUUACUUCUGGCCUAGAGGGGCAUUAUUAAGUAGCACAUCUAUGUGCCAAAAGAAAUGUGUGUAUAUCAACACCGUUGAACUUACUGUGGAAUCUUCUUAAAGAAUUGCAAAUGCUAUGGCACAAAAUAGAUAAAAUUCAGUAGAAGGCAACAAAUGGAUCCUACCUGAGGCAUAUUUUUGUGGCGUGGGGUCCAACUCUUAUUAAAAUCUGUGGCCCUUAGCUUGAAUGAAAUGUGGAUUUCAUCCUAAGCCUGCAGCCCUUCUGUUUAAGGUAAGUCAAAAAAAUAUGAUGUGGAAAAGGCCCAAUUUGUUUUGAUGGAGUCCUAUUACGGAGUCCUAUUAUGGACUCAUGUAUUGUUCACGAUUAAAGUUAAACGUUUUGAAAAGGGAGGGCAUAGGAAAGAUUAUGUACAAGCAAUGCAACAUGUGAAAGAAAAAUAUACAAAGUAGAAUCGGUUCUCUCAUGUGCGGUAUCCUUCAAGUGUAGCCCUCAGUGCUGGACAUGUUGUACCCCAAAUGAAGGAACCUGCAUUGAUAUUUGAGUCCAUACUGUGGUUUGGUUCUCUGUAAUGAAAAGCUGUGUGUUUUGAGCUUUCUGUUUCCAUUAGAUGCUAAAAACGUCUGUCCCAAUGAGAAAUCUCCUGAGGGCAAUGAGACCUUCUGAGCACUGUGAACCUUUACAGCUAUGACUAAACUUAUAUAUUUAGGAACGUUAAGUUUGGAGGAACAUUGUACUGUGUUAUAUGAAUGCCUUCAUGCUCCCAGUACAAAUUCUGUACCUACCCCAAUACAUUAACCUUUGACUGCUACCAUUUCUGACACCUGAAAUUUAGGGCCAAACUAGAUGUUAAAUGCAUUUAGCAUGCAAGUGUUCUAAAAUGCAGCUAAUAGCAGCUGAUAAUUACUGGGGUUGCAAGAGCCGGGGGAAUUGUUAAACCUUUCCGCCCUUCAUGCAGUUGACAAUCACUCUUCUGAGGCCACUGUCUGAAUGAGAGAAAAUCUCCCAUUGAUAGACUUUUGUUAGGAUCAUAUUAGGGGAAGAAAGAGUUAAACCCCACCUCUCCGCAAUACACACUUACACACCACACCAGCAGGUUUGUAUUAAAAAGCUUGUGUGUUAAAUGCAAAGAUGUAUUUAAUAUGACAUCUAAUUUGUUCCUUAAUUCUGCUUCAUUCAAAUAUAUAAUAACAGUGACUUUCAAAAUUCUGGAGUUGUGUGUAUUUUUUUUUUUAAGAAGUUGAAAUGGUACAUAAUGAAAAGUUAAGCCUGCACUGUUGUGACCUCUCUAGCAAACAUGUGCGCGCAAUGGUAGCACACAUAACAAUUUAAGACAAGACAAGGAUGGAGAGCCUGUGGAUCUCCAGUUGUUGUUGGACUCCAACUCCCAUCAGUCCUAGUUAGCAUAGCCAAUGGGAGUUACAAUGCAACAACAUCUAGAAGGCCACCCAUCCAUGAUGUAAGAAGUGCCCUGCUGCAUAUCAGACCAAAAGCUCAUCUAGUCCAGCAUACUGUUUUCCAUUGUGGCAGGUCAAAAUCUGCUAGGGAGCACAAAAGUAAGAGGACUGUCUGCUGCUGCUGCUGCUGUUCCCCCUGGCAAUUGGUAUUCAAAGAUACAUUUCCUCUGAACACAGAGGUUUCAUUUAGCCACCAUGACUCAUAGCUGUUGAUUGAGCUAUCCUCCGUGACCGUGUCUAAUCAUUUUUAAGGCAACAUCUUUAAAUUGCACAUAUUUGCAGGGCUAGAUCCUACCUUGUUUUUGUGGCUUUGAAUGUUGCGAGAGAGAGAGAAAUGCCCUCACCCUGGGCUCCUAAGAAAAUUGAGUUUAUUAAUUUGGGCAGGGUUAUGUAAUUAAUCUAUGUUAACUUGGUGUUCCCUGGAUAUAUUUGCAGUCACACCCAGUCCUUCCACAAAGUCUUAGUGUUGGUUAAACAAAACUAACAAUUAAAAAUAUACUUUAACAAUUUAAAACAGCACUUGUAAAAACACACCAGAAUUCCCCGUCCUGAAACCAACAAUAUUAGAACUCCAAGGCUUACAUUUAGUCCCCAUUUACUGAAAGCUUCUCCAAACUAGUUUGAGUAUAUGUGCAUUCUAUUCUUUCUCCAAGCAGCACAUAAAGAAGCAGUCCCCAGGUUUAAAAAUGGUAAAGCUAGAGGACCCAUGGACAGGGGCGUAGGAAGGGGGGGCAGGGCGGCGCGCCCUGGGUGUCAUCCCUGAGGGGGUGACAAAAAAGGCACACCAUGGGGGGCUCGCCCUGCCGCCCCCGUGCGCGGCAACGUGCAGCGGAUCACACCGUCACCCCCCGGCGCAGCUCACGCCCCCACCGGGUGCACGGCAUGGCCGCUGCUCCGGGUGUUCAUGCAGCUAACUCCACCGCUGCCCCUGGACACUUAUGUCCAGUCAAAGGUGACUAUGGGGUGCGGCACCCAUCUCUGCUUUCAGGCUGAGGGAGCCGGCGUUUGUCCACAGACAGCUUUCCGGGUCAUGUGGCCAGCAGAACUAAACCACUUCUGGCACAAUGGAACAUAUCCAGUAAUGGAACAUCCUAUGCACCUUCAAACCAUUAGUUUGGUCCUGUGGUACUUUAAGACUUUAUAGUACUAUUUUCUGUGUACCCAAAACCAAAAUAUAAACUUUUGAUUAUCUGAAUUCGAAGUUCUUGCAAUACAGCCUCAAACUGAGAGAAUGAAACACAAGAAAGCUAUGCCUGUGUGUUUUGAAUAGGAAUGGACAGAUCUGUCUGAUUUGAUUUCAGGUCAGUUUCACAUGUGUUCAUUCAUAAGGCAGUUUUGCCUUGAUUAUACAUUAAUGUGAUUUUUUUUUUUAAAAAGUAUGAAGAUAAAUAUUUAAAUAUUUAAAUGCAUGUUAUUCCAUAUGUAUCUCAAACAUUUUUAACUACAUUUUUUAUAGUGGUUCAUGCAUGUCUAAGGUUACUUUAGCCUUAAUUACACAUUUUUAAUUGGUUUUGGUAUGUUUUUAGAACUCCAUUGCAAAAUUCAGGACAUGCUCCAAUCUAUGUAUUAAUCUAGGAGGUGUGAAUUAGGUCAGUUCACUUAAAAAUGCAGGAUGAAAUUUUCCUCCAACCCUAGUUCUCUCUCAAGACUUGAAGCACCUCUGUUGUCAGAUCUAUUUUAAUCAGUGCAUAUUUUCUGACUUUUGGGAUUCUUAGAACAAGUUUGCAGAGAAGACAGCUCCAGUGUAAUAAACAUUGGGAGUGUGCCACCACAGGGGCUGAAUGGAUGAGGCAUUUGUAUGAACUAGUGACUUCAUCUGUGUGUCGUAUGUGUGAUUUCUGCAAUGGCAGUGACUCUUAAAGUGUCCUUGUCCAUUGGCCAUAGUGGUGUAUUUUGUUUGUUUUUAAAUAAAGUUAUAUAAACUUAGUAAUGGUUACAUACAGUUCAAAAUGAUUUAAUUAUAAUACAGUAUAAUACAGAAAUAAGUACGGUAUAUUUAUACUCUUAUUUUCAUUCAAUACAAAAACAGAUGCAAAAAAAAAGGUAGCUACACAAGAAUACAAAAAAUAAAAACAGAAAAAACUAACCUAAAAACCCCCAGUUGUUUCCAAUUUUCUAAAUCAACAGUUGAAAUACACACACACAUGGGCCUGCUAUGCCAACUUUUAAACAUCUUCUGAAAACUUCUCUAUUCCCCCAGGCCUAUGCAGGCAAUUAAGAAUACAUCCUUCCACAAUGUUUAAUUGAUGUCCGUUUUAACUUUCCUGUGGUUUUUAUUGUACAGACUUACAUAUCGCUGAUAUGAGAGAUACCAGUUGCUAAAAGUGCAGUGGCUCUAAGAUCUGCCACAGACCUUUGUUUGUUUGUUUGUUUGUUUGUUUAAAAAAAAGAUGUGCAGAGAAUCCGAAAUGUGCAUCGGUUUUAGGACCAUGUCGGUACACAUUUAACUUGGGGUGGACAUGCCCAUUCCAUGGUGUAAAUUCUGUAGCUGCUGUUUUCCAAAUUAGCUAGCAUGUGGAUUUGUGAUAACUGGUGAAUGAAUCAUGCAGAAAGCUAAUUUUGGUGACAUAGUAAGGGGUUUUGUAGUCAAAGAGAGGUAGGAGAACUAUUACUAGCUGUUACCACCAGUAUAGUCUAGUGGAUGGACAGAAGCAAGAAAGCUUGUGUUCAAAACCCUGUGGGGCCACGAAGCUCACUGGGUGUCUUCAACCAGAAAUAAUCUUUUAGCCAGGAUGCAGAACCUGUGACCUUCUGGGUGGUGCUGGACUAUAGGUCAAAUUACCACACACACCUCCCAACUGAGACUGUGCAGCCUUUGUAUGCAUGACAGUAGCCCAAUCAGUGCCAGCCAAUGACAGAAUGGUGCGUACCCAGUGAGGAAGCUUUGAGAAGACACAAGCCACAGCGAGGGAUGCCACAUUCCAUUCUGGAGCAUGAGGGUUGAGUCGCGUUGGGUUCCUGGUUGUGUAGUUUAGUUGAGAUUGAAUGUCUCUAGUAGCGGCCUUUUGUGUAUGUCUCUGUGUGUGGAUUUUUGGCCCACUCAAAGCACAGCCUUUGAUUUAAUUUGAAUGUUUAGCAUUCUCUGUUUGCUCACUGGCCAUAUUUUUUAUGUAUUACAUACCACAUUUUUUGCUCUAUAAGACUCACUUUUUCCCUCCUAAAAAGUAAGGGGAAAUGGGUGUGCAUCUUAUGGAGCGAAUGCAGGCUGUGCAGCUAUCCCAGAAGCCAGAACAGCAAGAGGGAUUGCUGCUCUCACUGAGCAGCGAUCCCUCUUGCUGUUCUGGUUUCUGAGAUUCAGAAUAUUUUUCUUGUUUUCCUCCUCCAAAACCUAGGUGUGUCUUGUGGUCUGGUGCGUCUUAUAGAGCGAAAAAUACGGUAGAUAAUCUGCCUUUCUCCCAAGGGUCUAAAGGCUGUGUAUACUCAGUGGCGUAGCAUGGGGGGUGCAGGGGGGGCCGGCCGCACCAGGCGCAACAUCGGGGGGGGCGCUCGCACUUGCAGCUCUCUGCCCCUACCUGGCUCACUCACUCUCUCUCACUGCAGUGCUGGCUGUGCGAAUCCGAUCCGAGCCGCUGGGUCGCCUCCCACUGUGGAGGGGGUGGGUGUCAGGGGGUGCAGAGAGAGAGCGAGGGACUAUCUGGGGGAGGGACAGUGCAGCGGCUGCCCAGCGCAGCGCUGAGCACGGGAGAGAACCACACCAGACCAGACCAGGCAGCAGCAAGAAGAAGCUGGCAGCGGCGGCAGGUUAGGGGUUAGGGGGCGCAAAUUACUUGCCUUGCCCCGGGUUAGGGGGCGCAAAUUACUUGCCUUGCCCUGGGUUAGGGGGCGCAAAUUACUUGCCUUGCCCCGGGUGCUGACAACCCACGCUAUGCCACUGUGUAUACUGCACAGUGUUUUGAACACAUGGGGUAUCCAAAUGAAAGUGAGCAUGCACACUCAGAACACAAUAAUCCAGUACAAGUUAAAUACAAGCUUCAUCUUCACAGGGAGCAAUAAACAUGUAACAAUAAUGUUAUAAGAAAAAACUGCUCCUUUUUCCCUUAUGGGGUAUCCAAAAGCCCGUAUAGAGUCCUUAUGUAAGUUCUCUAUCAGUAGGAGAAAAUAACAAAGGCCAACCAGAGAAUAUUGAGAAGCAAGGCAGCUAGUAAGCAUGAUCUUUAUUAAACUGUUGCAGCAGGGUCCCGCUUACUCCACGUAUGGAGGGAGGAGAGGAACCCAGAACAUUGGUGUGCAAGCUAUUAUAAAGACUUUUGAAAUUACCUACCCUGUAGCUCGAUACCACCCCCCAAAACAUACAUACAUCACAGAAAGAGGUGGUCCCUAGCAACAAUUUGAGUGUGUUGCUUCUCUCCUGUCUGCCAGGAUACCUGAUAAUGCCUUAUCUGAUUGCCUUUUCUGGGUAGCCUGGUUGAGAUGGUAAAUAUUUAGUUCCUGGAUCUCUUAUGCAUAUUGAUAGUGUGCUCAGCUUAACAGAUACUUGCCAGACUGUAUUUACAGGGAGGUAUAAGCCCCUACAGUCCAAAGACAAUUGGAAAGCUUUUCCCAUUUCCUUCCUCCUUGCAGAGAAAUAUUUGAGGUCAAUUUGGGAGUGUCAGAAUGGCUUCAGGAUUGUUCUGUGCUAUUUCAGACACGUGGCUUAUAUACUUAUGUAUGUGUUUACCUUGUACAUUUAUGAACAUUUAUUGUAUAUAUAUAAGACCUUAGAAUUCCUAUAACAACAAUAAUAGGAGUCAAUGCCUCUUUUGAACACCAGAUAACAAUGAAAGUUACCGUAUUUUUCGCUCUAUAACACGCACCCGACCAUAACACGCACGUAGUUUUUAGAGGAGGAAAAUCCGUAGGCAUGCCACCCGUAGGCAUUCCCUCCAUAACACGCACAGACAUUUCCCCUUACUUUUUAGGGGGGGGGGAGUGAGUGUUAUGGUGCAAAAAAUACGGUAAUUGCAGGUGUGGAGUAGGCACUCAUGAGCUCAGGUUCUGCUUGUGGCUUUCCCACCGGCAUCUAGUUGGCCACUGUGAGAGCAGGAUGCUGGACUAGAUGGGCUAUUGGCCUGAUCCAGCAGGCUCCUCUUCCAACCCCCAACCCUGUGUUAGCCUAACAUAACCACCUUUUCAUCAUCUAUCUGGUUGACAAGUGUUUGGGAUUAUCAAGAGACAAAUACUGCCAGUGUGCCCUGCUUGUGAACCUUACUGAGUAUGGCUGGCCACUCAGAGAACAAAUAGAGUAAGGAUAAAUAGAACCAACCUAGCUUUCCUUUGCUCUUUGUAACAAAAAGUGAUGUCAGCUUAAUUCUGGAAGGAAUGGGAUGUCUGAUGCAGAGCCAAAGGGUCUGUCUCUCCUAGAGCUUGAUUCAAAGCCUAUUUAAAUCCAUUUUUUAAAAAACAAACCUUGGCUUCAUAUCGGAUCCUAAAUCUAAUGAAGUGGCAAUUUGUUUUUCAAUAGUAGGAAGACAAUAAGAGGAACCAUUGGUGAUGUAUGUGUGUGUGGGGGGGUAAUAUUUAUGGGAUUUAUUGUAAGUUUACAAGUAAACAUUGCCAGGAGCUUACAGCCAUUUAUUUUCUGGUUAAUCACUUCAAAAACAGUGUGGUAAUAAAAAAGAUACAACUGGGAACCCCAAUAAGAUCUACUGUUUGCAGAUAAAGGACUUUGCUUCCUUGUUUGUAAGCUAUUUGUCACUGUGGUAUAUAUAUAUAAUCCCCUUUUUUUACUGUAGCGCUCUUGCACAGACCAGGGGCAGGAUAGAUUUAUACUGCAUCAAAAGGACAGGCUUGUGGCUGUUCCAAAAUCAGUAAAUUUUCAACUUUGAAAUGUAAGGGUGGGGAGCAACCAGAAAUGAAUCAAAGCAAAUUAAUUUACCUCCUAGAGCUACAAAAACAAGGUGACUAUUCAAAGGAAGCAUAACCCUUAGGGCAUGUUUACACUACAAAUGAACUUUUAUUUAUUAAAAUUAAAACAUUUCUAGCCCACCUUUCUGUGUCAGAUAAAAUGCCCAAAGUACCUAUUAUGGUAUUACAGGUAAAUGAGGCAGUCACCUCAGGCAGUGGGUUUUAGGUUUAACAAAAAGGCAGAAUUGCUAGUUAUUUAAUUUAUUUUUUGUUGUAUUUUAACUCGCAGGAAAAAGGCUGGUGUGGGAUCUUCAGUCUCAGGUGCCAAAAUAAUUUGGCCAAGCUUAGGUACUAUGGACUUUGACUGAGAGUAAAUGGAGGGCAAGUGCCAUUUGCUGUUCUGCCUCAGAGGACAAACUUUCUUGAGCUGCUCCUGUUCCUUUACGGAAUUUAAGACUCCAAAUGCUUAAGGAAAUCUCCGCACCUUAUGUAUCUGUAAUGCAUGACAAUUCACUAAAAAAAAUGGGCACUUUCCCAAACGCUUAUGAAUAUAAGCAUUAUGAUACAAUGCAGUUUCUGCACAUGCAGUAGAGGGAAGUGAGGAGUAGAUGGGGCUCAUCAACCUGGGAAGUUAGACCUAGGAGAACGAAAACUCUGAUCCUAAACCUUUGCUGCCUUCCGGGAUAUCUUUGGGAGAAGAAAAGGCUAAGAAGCAAACCCUGCACAAAUCUGGAGUGAGGUCCCUGAGACGGUUGGCUGGCACCUUGCAUGCCUUCGUCCGGCAUCAGCUCUCCAGGGUCUCAAGCAAAAGACUUUGCCCCCCACCUCUAUGUGCAGUGAGUAUGUGUAUGGGCUGUAGGUUUGCAUGCUUUCUCCUUGCUCCUGUUGCCAGUACUAAGCACGGUAACCUCAUAUCACCCUUUUGAAAUCUUUAGAAUGGACUAAAGGAAAUGCCAUUGACCUUAGGAAGAGAUAAGGGCUCGUCAACAUGCACCAAUAUCGCAAAAUCAUCUUAAGUGUUCACAGUGUGCUGAAGUUUUGAAAUUUUGUAAUGAACUGCACUCUUUUCGAGGUCUCUGAAUACCAUUUAUUUUAUCUGUACUGAACUCUUGUGCUAUAAAACCAAAGCUAAAUAAGUGUUCGUUGCCCAAAAUCUAGGCCAUAUUUUUUUUAGACGUCAUAGCACUGCCAGUUCCUAGUUUUCACUGAGAUGGUAAACCUGUGUCUGGAGUUCUGUAUUAUUUCAGAUUGUAGGUUGGGGCUGACAUGAUUGAAUGCUUCUCCACACAAUCCCCUCUUCAAGUAGAAAACUAAAUAUCAGGGAACUAAAUUCUGGUUUAGCCUUCUUCCAUUCAUGCCAAUUUUAUUUGUGCAGGCAUCUUUUUCAUAAUGCAUACCAGGAAGGUUAAGUUAGAACCCCCCUAUUUUAUAUUCUUCGCUACCCCCUCAUGGAAGAGUAGUCAUGAGCCCCCUCUGGCUGCCUGAAGUUGUACAGUCUACCUUCAGGUUUUCUACCCUAGUGAGCAGGCCACUGUUUUGCAUUUGAAAGCCGCCCAUAAUGUCUGGAAAGUGAAAUGCUAGAAUUCCAGUGAUGUAAUUGCCAACCUUGUGCCAAAAGAUAACACUGUUCCUGCUUGUUAGCUAAAUAAAUAUCUGAGACCUAGGGAGUGGACAGUUAAUAUCAUAACCCCACCCCCCUCUUAUUUCUGCAUACCAUCUAGUUGCCCAGAAGGAGCUGAUAAAACAUCUGGCACUACCAAAUCAUGGUAGCUAGGUGGCUCACUUCCAGGGGCUAUUUCAUCUUCCUCAUUUGUGUAAGUGGCAGGUUGUCUGAUUUUUUUUAUUAUUUUGCCUUAUGGGGUUCUCUGAUAAGCAAUGGUAGCAAUGCCUUCAGGCAUCAGAACUACUCCUACAUGGAUAUCCCUUGUUUAGGAGUAGGCAACCCUGUCUCCCAAUUUCUCCAAAGAACCUUUUAUGUCCUCUGCCCUCCUGCUUAAGCCCUUUUUGACACUGUUUCUCCUAUUAGCCAUUUACCUCUGCUGCAGGCAUCUCUUUGGGGUUCCUCCCAAAGCAUAUACCAGCUUCAGUAGGAGGAUUUUUCUCGAUAUUGCAAGUUAGGUGCAAAGUUGCAUUUCGUGUCCAGUUUGGCUCUAGGAGUCUCAAGAUUAACUUUAAACUAAUCAGUCUUUACAGUGCGCUUUUGCUUGUUCUCCCAUACAGGAAUGCACAUUCUCUUUCAUCUAAACACACACAGAUCUUUUAUAUACUCCAUCAGUACCAGUUUGUUCAGGCCCUUUUCUGGCUCAGACUGGAAUCUUUGCUACCACUUAAUGAUACAGGCCUGAACCAAGCUUGAUAGCUGAGAGCGAUAGGCUGGCCCCACACUUUCUGCCCCAGUCAUCAUGAGUGAUGGGACUGUAGAUGUGGGGGUCGUUCCUGUGCUCUGUCACUCUCUGCCACUGAAUUGUCCUGCCCCUCCAGCAAACAUUACCUGAAAUGCAAAGGAGGGGAAACUUUCCACAUCGCCUCCAUCGGCCUUCCAUAGAGAGAGGUCUUCACAUAUGAUUCAUAUGACCAAUGGAAAGAUAAUCAGACUAUGGGCAAGGUGGAGCCUUUCUCCUGCCUCACGUGGCUGAGAUUCCACAUGUCCCCAAUUUGUAUGCUACAGUUCUGUCUGUUCCUACUGUUUGAAUGUCACAUCAUUGCUCCAUCAAUGAAAUGGAAUCUUGGAUUUUCAACCUGGUGUUAUUGGUUGAACAUAACUGCUGCCUUAACAGUCUUAUAAAUCAUCUGUUAGAUUAUUGUAUAGUUUUUUUAUUCUAUUCUACGAAGUAUUGUAAGUAUACAGCUCCUGAAAUUAGCAAAUUGCCUUUAAGGUGUUCUCCUGUAAACACUCAGUAAAUGUGCAAUUCAGCCCUCUUUUGGAUUACUCUCAAAGGGAAGGGGUGUAGCUCAGUGGUAGAAUACAGUACACACUUGCAUGCAGAAAGUAUGCAGCUCCAAACCCUUGUAUUUCUGGGUAGGGCUGGGAAAGACCCCUGCCUGAAACCCAGAGAGUCAGAGCCAGUCAAUGUAGACAAUAUUGAGCUGGAUGGAUCAAUGAUAUUACUCCGUUUGAAGCAGCUUCAUUGCAUUCCUAAAAUAGACAGUAAAGAUUCUUAAAGUGUCUUUCCACUACUUUUGAUUACUCUUACUUGCUUUUGAUCCCGUUCUUCACACCUGAAUUUUCUUACUUCACAUUGACUUUUGUUUCAAAGCUAUAUUGAAUUUGAAUUUUCAAUGUGUACUUCAAACAUAUUGGAGGAACAAAAGAAAAAGACAAAAAUCAAUACACAGUGAAAAGUGUAUCACAAGCUUGCUAUUAGAGACAAAUCCUGCCAAUUUGAAGGGGCUGCUUACAUCUUUUCUGAAUCCACAGGAGCUUGCCCAAAAGGCCAAGCAUAGUAAAUGCAACCCUGAGAGAGUACACUCACAGUUGGAUUCCUUGUAGGACAAUACUGACAGUACUGCUAUAAAACACAAAUCCAUUUAGUUGUUUUGGAGAUUUGUAGUGGAAAGUGACAUUUCAUUUAGCUCAUGCCAUUUACUGAAAGGGCCACAAAAGAUGGGGAACUUUUAUUUAUUGUUUUACCGCUUUAGAAAACAUGCUGCUGGUUCAUAUUCCAACAGACAAGGAGUCUGUUGAGCAAAGUCCAGAGUUCACAGAUGUGUAAGGGAGGCUUAGAGCUGGGGGAGAGCAAUCAUUAGACAAACAAAAUAACCAGCACAGUCUGAAAAAACUUCCACAGUUACAACGGGGAGACACUAUUUCCAUAGCCAAUGAAGGUGCUUUGUAAAGCAGACACUGAAGCAUUUCUGCUAUUCACAGUUUGAGCAAUGACAGAUUAUUUUACCACUACCCUAACAAGAUAAAGCAGAGUUAUAGUGCAAUGCAUGCCUACUCAGAAGUAGAUACGGUCAGUGGGACUUACUUCCAGGUAAAGUUAUAGAUGAUUUAAAGGAUUAUGUGUAUAAACAUACAACUGAAGUAGGGUAAUUGUUGUAGACUCAGAGUGAGGCCAGUAGAGAGUUUUAAGAUCUCAGAUUUGUAUAAAGCAAGGGUACCCAACAUGGACUACAACUUCCAUUAUCCUUGGAUGCUAGUCAUGUGUGCUGAGAUUAAUGGGAGCUGUAAUCCAACAACUUUUGGCAGGUACCGUGUUGGCCACCCCAGUGCAUGUCUGCCUAAUCUUUGUUGAUAACUAAUUGCUGGAGGCAGUCUGAAAUUCACCCUGCUGCCCCCAGCCAAGUUUUACGCACAUAAACACACAUAUACAGUAUCUUUUUUUAAAAAAAUUCCUAAAACAAAAACAUUGGGGCCGCACAAAAAAACAAUUGGGUAAGGAUGUUGCCCAUGGGGCACAGGCUUGCUACCCUUGGCAUAAGUGACUUAAAUACAAUAAUCUUGAAAAAGUACAUAGCCCAUUUAAAAUUUUCUGAAGAAUGACAUUCUGUUUGGCUCCAUAGUUUGAAUGUAGAUGUUUUAUCAAUAAGGAGAAAUGCUGGGGUAUAUUUUUACCACUUUCUGAGACAUACUACGUUUACUUGGUUUUUUUCUAUUUAACUGAGUUUCUUAAGCAAUUUGUACAAAUUGUGGGAUUUUGCUGAAUGUUGCAAACAUCUGCUUUGUUAUGGCCCAGUAUAAUAAUAAAGCUUUGCUUUGUCCUUAGGUUAACAUGUUUGUGGAAGGAUUCCAUGAUGCUAUUAUCCUCUAUGUUCUGGCUUUACGGGAAGUUUUGAAGAAUGGCUUCACUAAGAAAGAUGGAGAAAAGAUUGUCCAUCAGACAUGGAAUAGGACAUAUGAAGGUAGGAAUAAUCAAGUGUUUGAUGUAAUUUUGUUUGUCCAGUCUUGGGAAAAUCUGUAACUUUUUGGUUGUACCAUCUAGCUUCUUAAAAUUAAAACCUGCCACCUCCUGCUGAUAGCAUACCAUAAAGUGAAAAAUGAGGGAGCGUCCAUUCCUCACUGGUUGUUAAAAAGUCCUUUUCUCUCCAAUGCAAAUUACAGUGGGGGUGGGGGGGUGCGCGCACACACACACACACACAGACGUAUGGGGUUACCAUUCCCUUUUUUGCUUUGGCACACCUACUGCUGGAAUGUGGGGCUCAGGGUGGAAAAGACCCCCACCCUUGUUGUGUUGUGUUGUGCUGUGCUGUUUCCAGCAAUAAAAAGGGGGGGGGGAAGGGGGUAGAACCAUGAAUAAUGUGGUUCCUUGAAAGGAUGAGAUAUAAAUUAAGGAUUCCUAGUAGAUAAUUAUUGGUACAAAAAAGAAGAGGCAGCUUAUAAUAAGGAGGUAAGAAUAUAAUGGUUUCCAUCCAAAUGUGCAGUGACAGCUUUUUAUCACUCCUUUACAUACCACCUUAUGCCUCACAUAUUGUAUUUGGAAGGUUCUCCCUACCUCUGGUUAUCUACACAUACUUAUGUAUUAACAGGGACAACACAGACAAAAAUGGAGACUGUGACAUGUUUAAACAGAUAGCUUGCCUGCACACUAGAUAUUAAGAAACUACAUUAAAUAGCCCCCUGUUGUCUAUAUUUUUAUAGCAUCACUGUCAGUAAUUUUUUAUACAAAGAAAUCCCUUAUAAUAAUAGGUUAGCUGUCAUCAUUAAGGUUCUUGGCUCCUUCCUUGUUUUUGAAGAUUGCAGCCACUUGACUCUUUCAUGUGCAUAUAUUAGCAUGCUUCCUUACAUUACUUCAUCUUUUCCAUUUAGGUUUUAUAACUGAAAAGCUGGGUUUAAUAAAAAUGCAAAAAUGCCAAGUCCCCCUUCCUUUUCUUUGCUGUAUUAGAUUUUGAACAGCUUUUUGUGUGUGCAUUGAGAAAUGUUUCAAGGUCUCCAUUUGCUAUUUUAGAUUGUGCAUGCCAAAGUGUUCAGGGUUUUCAGUGCCAAACCUUUUGGGCCCUUCUGCCCCACCCACAUCCUGCCAAUCUUAGAAUCUAUGAAUAUGUUCAAACUCCAGAACACACACCCGUGCAUUAAACUUUGUAAGGUCAGCUGGACCUUACUGGUAAGACCAAGCUGCUCUUGCCAGAUACAUCUGUCAUUUCUUACAGUGUAAGAUUACCACAAUUUCCAGUGGAAGUACUUAAACUGAAAGGAAAUAUUUCCUUUAGAUAAGAACCCAACAAUGAGUUCUGAAAUUGGAACAGCUAUGAAAAACAUAAUGGACCACUUUCUCGGCUUCAGUGAGUUUUUCUUUCUCACAGUAAUGGAGAGGCAUUUGGUUGGAAAGGACAAGAAAUUUAUCCUGUCCCAGCUCCUGCUAACCUAGCAGUUCAAAAGCACACCAGUGCAAAUAGAUAAAUAGGUAUUGCUGUGGCAGGAAGGUAAACGCAUUUCUGUGUGCUCUGGUUUCGCUCACGGUGUUCCAUUGCGCCAAAAGUGGUUUAGUCAUGCUGACCACAUGACCUGGAAAGCUGUCUGUGGACAAACAUCGGUUCCCUCAGCCUGAAAGCGAGAUGAGCACCUCAACCCCAUAGUCGCCUUUGACUGAACUUAAGCGUUCAGGGGUUAUUUACCUUUUACCUUACUGAUCCAGGAGCUCAACACAUUGAGCCCCAACAAUAAUCCACAUAAUCCAAACCUCAGUAGAUCAAAAGACAGUAACAAAUAGUGAUGGGUUAGCCAACUACCAGCAGGGGAAGGAGUCGUCUCCAUCAUGGGUUAAGAGAGUUUAGCUGUUCUCUUGCAUCAGUGGGCUCUGCUGUCUCAUGUCUCAUGCCUUAUAUUUGCAGCCAAUCACUGCACUCUACAGGGGUGGGCCUCCUUCAGAUGCCAUUUCCUCAGGAGGGCCAUUCUGCAUGAUGUUGGAAUCAGGCCUUUAGUGUGGUUGCACCUACCCUUCAGAUCUCCCUCCCACCACAUAACAGAUUAGCAGUAUCUAUGUUAUCAUUUUGGUGCCUAUUGAAGCUCUUUCCUUGUCCAACAAAUCUUUCAAGAGGAUUCUUUUUUUUUUGGGAGGGGGGAAUCCCAAUCUGUGUCUGUACUGAAUUGAAAUUGUUUGUAGUUAUCUUUUUAUUGUAUAGAUCACUUUGGAAUGUUUUAUGGGAAGUGAUUCACAAAUGAAAUAAAUAAGAAUGAUAGAAAAUUAUAAUAGACAGAAAUUGAAGGGCUGCACCAAAGAAGCCCGAGGAUGAUGUUAUUUCUGUUCCUGAUACUCAACUUGAAUGUGAUUUUUAUUGUAAGAACCUUUUAUUAACUUAAUUAGAGAGCCUUUCAGGGCUACAAAGCAGGAUACCAUUAUCCUAAAUGUAUCAGUAAUGUUGAUUUUACUUUAAAAACUAAAAAUUCUAGUACCAUAUGCAUAUUACCAGUGCAGUAAACAUGGGACUGCUUAUGAAGAUAGCCAGUGUAGUGCAGUGAGUAGUGCUGGAUUUAGACUGAAGAGACCUUAAGCCAGUUUCUGUCUCUCAACCUACUUCACAGAGUUGCUGUGAGGAUAGAAGGGUAGCAGGAAGAACUUAACAUGCUGUUAAGGAUUUCUAGCCUCAUAGCUGCCACCCUUUCUCAAAAUAUGCUAUGCCAUCUCAAAGGGUGAAUGUAUUAGAGAUUGAUACAUUCGAUAAGAGAUUGAGUGUUUGGGGGGGGAGGCUCGUUUAAUUUCAUUGUACACAGGUUGUACAAUGACAAUAAAGGUAUUAUUAGUAGGACUCUUUGCUUGCCUUUUGAGUUCAGACGAGUAGAUACAUUAAACUAUUAGCUUCCUCAAAUAUUCCAGGGCCUAGACUUUCCUGUGUAAAAUUAUUUUGCCCCUUAAUGGCUUUUUAAAAAUCAGCAAAAUAGGGGUUCUGAAAUAGGACUUAUGCCCCGCAGGCUGUGUGUGUGUGUGAGAGAGAGAGAGAGUGAGAGAGAGAAGAAAUGUUAGGAAUUUUAGGAAUGCAGCCCCAGAGGUAAAAUUACAAUUUCUUUUGGAAUGCCAACAGAAGUACUGGAAGACUAAUGAGGUUUCCUGCCAUAUCAGUCUCUAAUAAUUCUGCCAUUUCUUGGAAGCAUUAUGUGCUGUCAACUCAUUAAUUUUUAAAUUUCUCACCUGCCACUCUCUAGGCAUUGCAGGGCCAGUAUCCAUAGAUGCCAAUGGAGAAAGAUAUGGAGAUUUUUCUGUGAUUGCAAUGACUGAUCCAGAAACUGGAAUGCAGCAGGUAAGUGCUGAAAUAAUGCUAAAUGCUAGGCUGGAACAAGGAUUCAGUGGCAAAAUGUUUAUUGACUCUACCGUGGGCAAGACAUAUUAUGUCUCUUGCAGUCUCCAUUUCUACUAAACCAAUUAAGGAAAGAAUUUAGACUGAUCACUGUUACAAGUCCUUCUUACUAACCCUUCAGCAGAACCUCAUAAGAAAGCUUGAUGUGCAGGGAUGUGGGAGACUCCAUAUAUUUUCGAAGAAAAUGAAAAGUAUUCAUGACCUUGUUUAGCUAGGCUGGUCAUCAAAAGCAGGAGAUACAAUGAGGCCAAAGGAGAGUGCCUUGAGUAUUGGUACUGUGAAAUUAAACACUACAAUUGCAUAAUAGCACUACAGGGUCCUUGGUUUACAAAUGUCAUGGUCUUCAUCUGUAGAAAUUAAAGACAGCAUUCAACCAAUAAUAUUACAUGCUAGAGUGAAAAUCCAGAUAUGUAUAUCAUAUAUAUCCUAGACAGUGGCAUUGUUCAGAAGGUUUUAGUUGCAGUGAACAAGAAACUAAAUAUGAGGCAGCAGAGAGGUGAAAUUUUCUGGAAAUUUUGAAGCCAUGGGAAGCAAAUUUCCCAGGGUAAAACCGAAAUAUAUUCAGCUCUUAAUUUCUUAUCAGCACUAAACUUAUUCUACUGCUUUAACCUUUAAUGAUAUAACAUGGAGCACUUAUAGCUAGUGAGUGUAUAAAAUCAAACUAUUUGCCUUAUACAGAACAAUCCUUUGCAUAUUCAUUCAGACAUAAAAUCUGCUGUUUAGUUGAGCUUCCUCCUCGUUAAACACAUAGAACUUCAGCCUCAAAAAUAUAAAUGCCUUAAACUGCAAUCCUAUAAAAAUCAGAAUGUCACAGUGAGCUAAAAAUCAGAAUGCCUAGCACUAGUCCCUCUUUCCUUCCCCUCCAUUCCUUAACCUGUGUAUUUCCCCUCCCAGACCCAAAUCUUGCUGUUUCUCACCACCAAUUAAACUGUUUGCAUGUGUCUGCAUGUGUGCCUGCCUGGUUGCCUGCCUGCAUCUCUGUGUCACAUGUGGCUGGCCCAUGGUGACCCCUGGCUUUGCCUACCCCAGCCCCAUCUGCAGUUAGCUGCCCUGCCCUCUGCUCAGUCCUUCACCCCACCAGCCUCAGGGGUCAGCAGCCGCAGCUAGUUACAUUUCAAGAAUAAUGUUGGUAAAAUGGAAAUAAUGGCUUAUAAAGUACAGUAAUGUAAUUUGCUGCAUAAACUGCUAAGAUUAGGUGGGAAAUUGUACAUAUAAACCUGUUAACUGUAAGGACAGUGAAUUGGUUUGAUCUGGUGUCAACCAGACUGUUUGUACUGCAGUUAUGUUGCUUUUGAUUGAUUUGUGUGUGUAAUAUUGUGCUGCCUUGGCCAUACACAAAGACCUGACUGACUGAUAACAUGGAAGAUGUCAGAAAAGAACUAUAAAGAUUAUUACAGGUCCAGAAGUCAUCUGAGGAAAGGCUGAAGGACACAGCCUGUUAACCCAAAACCUUGGAGUGGAGGGGAAGUGCACAUGGGAAGGAUAACAUUGACCCCAGUCUCUACAUAUAUUCAUGUGCAUCUCUCAUCUAUGACAGGAAAUCCAGCAGUUGCAUGAUUAGACUUUUUUGUAUAUUUAGUACAUCCUUUCUGUUUCCCUUUGGAAGCCUCACUCAUGUCACAUUCCAGCUUCUUUCCAUUUUGUGUUUGUUGACAUCAUUCAUUUUGCUGGGGUUGUCUCAUCCUAAUUUAUAAUGCUGACCUCUCUUUGAUGGUACUGGUGGUAAUAUUAGUUUAUUUGGAAGGUUCAUUCCCACUGGUCAUGAAAACCUUCGUUUCUAAGCGGAAUGCAGCCAAACCAAUUUAGGCUUGACCAGCAAAUCUUUAUCUGAUAAUUUGGUGUCUAGAAUAUGAUAAAUAAAAUGAACCUAAAAUGAAGUAAACAUACAUUUUAAAGAAAAACAGAGUAGUUUGGGACCAAGUAAACAUACAUUUUAAAGAAAAACAGAGUAGUUUGAGGUGUGGUGGUAGAGAACAAGAGCCAAGCACAUAGCCCAAAGAGCUCUGACAGCCACACACAAAUGGCAGCAAUAAUUUACACACCAUUCAGUGAAGUAAACAAAAGUUUAUGUGCUGGACAUUUGGUCCCUCCAAAUUCCAGAAUGGGGCAAGGAGGGAUUUAUGAUCCAAAAAUGUAUGGCUCCAGCAAUUAUGUCUUUCAAUUGAUGGAUUUUUGGAUGCGAUUCUGAAAAGUGUAUGUUAUAUAUAACAGAGAUUAAGCUAGCUGAUAUACCCCCGUUUUCUCCCUACUUCCAGAAGCUGGUUGGAAAUAGACUGUCAUUUUGCUAUAUAUCUAUUUUCUUCACAGGUUAUUUGGAACUAUUACGGAAAGCAUGGACGGCUUGAAAUGCUUCCAAAUGUAAAUUACCCCUGGAAGCUCAAAGCAAGAACAGAUGACAGCCGAGGUUUGGAACACCCAAGCAACACACCCUGCAAAUCAUGUAAGUUUACUGAGGUUAACUUCUCCUUUCCAAAUCUGCAACAGACAGCAGUCCAUGUUAAGGAAUUGUGCUUGUUCUCAGAUACACUUCUGUAUCAAUAUCAAUACUACAAAUAACAACCUGACCAGAGGAAAUUUACUGAGGCUCAAUUUACGUAUAGCUCAUGUUCAUGGGAAAAUCUGGGAUAGUUUCUUUCAAAAUGUGAAGAUGGAACACUGGCAAAGUGGGUAUGUGCAUAUGGUUUUGUAUAUUGGCAAUAGCAUCAAGAUUUCCCAAGCAAAAGGUUGCAAAGCAGAGAGCCAAUGUGGUACAGUGGUUAGAGUGUCAGACCUGGGGCACCAAGGUUCCAAUCCCCACUCAGCAAAAAAACUCACUGGGUGACCUUGGGCCAGUCACUGUAUCUCAGCCCAACUACCUCACAGGGUUGUUGUAAAGAUAAAAUGGGGAGUAGGAGAGCUAUGUGCACCACCUUGAGCUCCUUGGAGGAAAGGCGGGAUAUUAAAUAAAUAAAUAACCUUGCUGAAACGCCCGGAAGAGAAUAAUGGUGCUGCAGAUGGAGCUAGGUAGGAUAAAGGAGUAAAUGGGAGAAGAUACAGAGAUGCAGUUGAAAUGAAGCUGUCAUGAGGUGAGUGUAAAUGCUGAACAGGCACAAGAAUGAAUCAGGCCCAAAGUUUGUUAAGCGUUGAAACGUUUGGCAUAGAAUGGCUGAGGGAACCAAAGCAUUCUGGCAGCCUGCCUUAUAGCCUAACUGAUGUCGAGAGGAAAGUCAGCUUCUUCACUGCAGACUGCUCUUUCUACCUGCUGUGACCAACCAUAGAAUGUAAAUGGUACCAAGGUACCCAAAAUGGUCCAGAAGCGAGACAUUACCCCCAGAGCCCUUAAGGGGUCUCCCAAGGAAGGCAUUCAGUGAAAUCACUCCCACCUGCUCUCAAACUAUGCUCCCUGCCCAGUGCCCCAGCGAUAGAGCAAGUUGUGAUACAAUUAUUGAUGCAAGAGACUGAAAGCACUGUGAAAGAAAAUAUACUUGUUGGGAGGAAGGCUAAUAAUAAUAAUAAUAAUAAUAAUAAUAAUAUCCUAGAACCCAAUUGUUGAUUAGGAAUGCAGGUAAAAUUCCUUCCUGGCGCUAUCACUCAGUGACCGGCAAUUAGCCCAUAACAAAGUAAGCAAGCAGAAGAAACAUCCAAGAAUUAGGGAGAGUGGGAGGGCAAUUUAAGAACUCUCCACCCCAUCCCCAUCAGGACAGGAGCCAGAACUUAUAGUCCAGAAGUGCACCAGAUGGAUUGAAUUCCUUAGAGCAAGUCAGAACUUUGCUCCACCUAGCGCAAUACUGCCUACACUGACUGGCAGUAGUUCUCCAGAGUCUUACCCAGUCCUAGGUGGAAAUGCCUGGGAUUGAGGCUGGGACCUUUUGUAUGAAAGGCAAAUGAUUCGCCACCUAGCUUCACUCCCUUUCCACCUCCUAUCCAUGCCCAGCUGGCAUUUGCUAGCUGACCAAGGAGCAGAUCCCACAAUGCAGCCAAGGUGGUAGUCAUGUUGUUGGCUCGCUCCCUAUCUCCCAGCAUCAAUAUAAAAGAAGGCAGAUUUUUAUAAAUUUGAGAAGAUUUGAAUUGCACGGAUGAACCAUUUCAACACAUACACACACAAAUCACAGCAAAAAAACAGCAUAUGGAUGUAAAAAGUUGUAGUGCAACCCAUCCUAAGGUAAUUCAUUAUUGACUGAGAAUUACUGUUGCCCAGUGCCCUCAAGGCGUGUUGGAGAGAAAAUACAUGCCUUCCCUUUAAAAAGGUCAGUUCAACUCUUUCAGUUCUGCUGUUAUAGAAAGUUUUUUAAACUCACCUGUUUUCCUUGGCUUUUUAACAAAACGUUUCAAUUUAAACUUUGGGAUUUCUGUUAGUGUUUAUUGACAUUUAUUAGCUGACUGAUUUAUUGUGAUUUGAAUGGUAUUUUUCAAUGUUUGUUCUUAAUGGAAACUGUAUCUUUGUUUUAAUGUAAGCCGCCUUGUAUAGUCUUGAAAGGUGGCUUAAAAGUAACUGAAAUAAAUCAGCAGCACUUCAGAGUGUGACAACAAUAAGCUCCAAGGUAAACAUAAAGGAAGAUAAUAAAAGCAGUUGGAACUAUAGAAAAGUUUCUUUGGGCACUUUUCAAAAUGGAUUUUGAAUAGAUUUGUUUAUAAUAUUACAUUGAUCGUUUAUUCAGUCAUUCUGUGAGAUUGAACAUAUUUCUUUGUGAUUUUCUAUUGGUUAUUUCUUUUUUAAUUUUUCAAGCAGGUGGUCUAGGAGAGUCAGCAGUUACAGGAAUUGUUGUGGGUGCCUUGCUAGGAGCAGGAUUGUUGAUGGCUUUCUACUUUUUCAGGUUGGUUCUGUUUUGGGGGAAAAUAUUGCCUACAUUUUAUAAUUUGUAUAAAGCAAAUCAGUUAUUAGAGAAACAAGCCAUGGUUUGUUGAAUCAUCUGUGGGGCAGAUUGUGGUUAAUUUAUGUGCUUUAUUUAUUUUGAGGAGUGGACAGGUACUUAAUAUUGCUGAUUUUUUAAUGUUGUGAACUUUAUGAGCAGUUUUGUAUUGCACUCUGUUUUAUUAUAGUUGUAAUUGUAUUAUUAUUCCGUUAGUGUAAGAUACAUUCAGUGUUUAUUACUUGUAAACGAGGUCUAUAAAUAUUUUUUGGCAGUAACAACAUGUAAGAAUUUAGUCAGAAUAACAAUUAAUUAUCAAAUUAGAUAUGUUUGAGUAUUUAGAUUUUACUGAAUUGUACGUGGACUUUAAUGGGGCAGUCCCAAUUUCACUGAAGAACACAAAUACAGAACACAAAUGAUAUUUAACAGUGUGAGGUGGCAAGCAAUCUAUUCCACUGAACAAUAUGAAGCCAUAUGCUGCAAUCUUGAAGCAGAUCUUUUAAAAAAAAACACUGUUUGAGAGAACUAACUACUAAAUGGUUCCACUAUUUGCAGCCCUAACUUCAAAGCAUCUGUUGCACUUUAUACUAGCUUCCUGCUCACUUAGUUUCAGAUCUGUGGAAGAAUAUUCAGUUUGUCUGAAAUCUUUGAAUAUAACUUAACUUUGAGAUCAGGCAAAAAUGCUUCAAGGCACACCUCUUUAAUCUUUUGGCAAUAGUGUUCAUUCAUCUCAUUUAUCAUUAGGAACACAUUUGUACUUCACAGACAUUCUUUUGUGAAGGGAGUUAUAUUCCUAAUUAUCCUAAACUGAAGGAGGUUUUCUUACCCUGUGCUACCCAUUUCUUUUAUGCAGAAAAAAAUACAAAAUAACUAUUGAGAGGCGAAGUCAACUGGAAGAAUACAACAUCGGCAAGCACUGGCAAUUACGAGAGGACUCUAUAAGGUCUCACUUUUCUGCUGCAUGAAGUAAGGAGAAACAAACUGUUUUUGUCUGUGUGUGGAGGAAAUCUGUAGACAAAUGGACACUACCAAAGACAGCAACAGAAAAGAAGAAGCUUAUUAAGGACUCAGCAUUUUAAAAGUAGAGUAACUCUGUCUUAAUUUCUUUCAGAAACUCAGGAAUGAUUUACUAGCCACAUUAUUCCACGUGGCCUUUUUAUCUUGUGGAAAAGAAAAUGACAAAAGAACAAGUGUGUGUCCCCCCCCCCCCCCCGCCAAGAUGGUUUUGACACUUGGUGUGUAUCCAAGACAAGUCGCUGUGGUCAGCCAUUUUGUUUCUUGGAAAUGUGAAGGUUCAUUCAGCGGACCUUCAUUAGCUGUACCUCAUACCAGAUUAUAAAAGGAAUGUGUUUUCAGAGACAGAGGUGCUGCUUUUUAGUAUUGUUCAGCAUUGAAUAGUGGAGAUUAGAAUCGAGCAAAGGAAGUGUGAGGUAGUAAAAAACAAUACAAUUUAUGGGAAAGGAGCAGAAGCAUUUUGAUAGAACAGAAGAAAUCCCAAGGCAGUGGAAAGAUAGUAUUUGGUUCUGAGGACCUACUUACACAACAAAUUAGUUUUGGAUAUCAUUCUAAUAGCAUUCCCUGUGAAAGGAUUCCUUUGCAAAUAUGUUGUGUAUUGGUCUAAACAGAACAACUUCUUGCCUGUGUUCCUGGGGAUGUUUGGGUUUAAGAGAACUUCCAUUUACAUCGCAUUUUUGUUUCAAGAAAGCUCCCUCCUCUGUAUCAUUUUCAUGACCUAUAUAUGGAUUCUGCAGGGUUCCUGUCAUAGAGAUCACUGUAGGAUUAUAUAUUCACUGGUUACAUGUCUCCUGCUUUUUAAUCUGUUGGGUGUUUCUUGUGUAAAAUAAACAUGAACCAUUUCCAGAAAAGAGGCAGGCCUGAUCUGCACAUAACGUGACACUACGUAAAAGAACCCUGAAGUGGUAGAGUGGUCUUACAACUUCAGAAUACAGAUGAGUUGAGAGGAGGUGCCAUUUCUGAAUACUGUACUCCAAGUUAUUAAAAAAAAAGCCACACACAAAGGAAGGAACUGAGUGUAGCACUAAGGUGAUUGUUCCAAAAGGGCAAGCAGUGUGGCUUGCCAGAUUCAACAGUCCCCACUUUCCUCCCCCAUGCACUGUUCUGGGGGUUCUCCCACCCCUGUGCCAGUUUCAGGGGAUAUGGGGCACGCAGGAGAAGAAGGAAAGGAAAGCCCUGUUGCACAAGCAGAAGCCCUUGCGUAGGGCUUCUGUUGAUGUGAUUCAUUAGUUGAAUCCUUCCCAAUAACUGAGCAAGAGGGGGCAACAUGAAAAAUUGAGAAAAGUCUAGGCUCCCUUUCACAGCCAUGCUAGGUUUCUGCAUAAAUAUUGUUUUUUACACAGGGAAGCAUUCAGAAAUAUGAUUUCCCUUACCUGCAUUCUGAAGUAAUAUAGUCCAAUCUGUCAGCUCAUUCCCAUCUCAUCCUGCUUUAUGUGUAGACUAGGCCAAUAACAGUAAAUGAGAUCCUUGCCUCAGACAAAGAACCUUUGGCUGAUCUCUUUAUGUACAUAGAGAUAUGUACACACAAAAAUACAAAACAGCUAGAAGUUCAGAAGUUCUGGCUCCUCUGGUUUUGUCUCCACCAGGUUGCCCUUCUGCUUCCUUAGCCUUUUGGUUCCCACUGCUAAAAUGGGAAGAAAUGGGCAAGGCAAGAAUAUUGAUUUGUGUGGAUGUAUGGGCAUAACAGCUGUGCAGAUGAGAGAAUCUUAGGAACUGAAUAAUACAGCUUUACAAAAUAAUCAGGCCAUUACUCAGCAGCAUGUUCCAUUAAAAUCUGUGGUACUUACUUCUGAGAAAAAUGAGUACAGAGUGAGGAUGCAAUAUAUCAUCCCUGCUUCAAAUUCUUCAGCUGGAAGCAAACACCCCAUGGCCACCUUUGAGACCUGAGUGUAGCCCAAACUAUGUAAAUAUUAAGUAUUAGAGUGGUUUUGUACAGUAAAGGCAACGCCAAACUUUUUUGUUGUAUAAAAAGUGACAUCUGGCUAACUGUUAUUUUUUAGGUAUUCUUAUCAUAUUUUUCUAUUAAGAAAAAAAUGUCUAUUUGAGGUUGUUUUAUUUCACCUUGGAAAGUCAAAGUGAGAGCACAUUUGAAGAGCUAUUUUUCUUUUCUUUUUUAAAAGUGUGAAUAAUAAUGAGCACAGAUCUUCUUAUAUGUAAAUAAAAGUAGUAUAUUUGACUUUUGCAUAUUGGGCCAGUCCGCCCCUUCCCCUUCUUUCUUUCCCCAGUCAUGGAAUUCUCAUUCAGUGGCAAGAUUCCUUUGAUGAUAUAGAACAGAGCUGUGGAAGCUGUGGUCCUCCAGAUGUUGCUGAACCAAAGCUUCCACUAUUCUUGACCGCUCACCUUGUUGGUUAGAACUGAUAAGAGUAGGACUCCAAUAACAUCUGGAAGGCCAGAGAUUCCCCAUCCCAAUAUAGGGGUUGAGAGACUUCAUGCUAAUAAUCCCAGAUUUCUCUAAAAGGAAUCAUAUAACCAUCUAUUUUAUUGGAAGGGUACAUGAAUAUGGAGGUUUUAACAACAGCAAUCCCUCUUACCUACGUUGGUUUAAAAAUACUAUUAGAUCAGUUUUUAUCUUUCUAAUGUCAGUCUUCAGAGAUCUCUCUAUAUUGACUCAUUUGUCAAGGAGCUCCGACAUGGUUCCCAAUAGAACCAGCUAGUGGUUACCAGAGAAGCAGCAAGAGUUCUGGACACUCCUGGUCAUUCCCAGCAGCCCCACACCUGUAAGGUGCUACUUCCUGCUUCUACCACUGUUUCAUGUCUCCUGCUGGCAAGGGUAUCUGUGUGUCCUUGUCUGUCAUCUAGCAGAAGUGGCUAUUCUUUCCUCUUUAUGGUGGACCACCUCACUGGCCCCUGAACAUUGUAGAUGAUUCUGGUGCAUGUUUUAGGGUAUGCAUUCAGCCUCAUGCAGACACUGGUGACUCCUAUUCGGUCUCACAGCUACCCUACAUAAAUAGUGGAGUGUGUAACUUAAGAGCUACAACACAUCCAACCUUUUCCUGUAGCUGCACAUUGCAGGGGAAGAUGGAGGUCUAGCUGUAUUUCAGGGAAGCUUGUCAAUUUCAGGGAAGCUUGUCAAUUUUUGCUUACCUUCUUACAGAGGAUGCCCUAAUAACUUCCAGGGAUAUGAGAGUUCCUUGGAACAUAGUUUGAAAACCACUGUCAGUUUUUUUCCAGCAAUCUUCUGCUCUUUUCCUAAGUCAGUGUAUGCUAUUUCCCCCCCAAUUCCUUGAGCAUUCCAGCUGGUUCUCCAGUGCUAAUACUAUUCUUAGGUUUCAGACUUUUCAAGGGAAUAAUAAAAUUAAAACACUACCAAAGCAUUCUUCACUAAAAUGAAUCAUACAUGCAUAAAGCAUACACAAUAAAUAGGCCAAUAGGUAUGCUUAAUUUCAAUUGCUUUGUCCAGUUUAAAAUCAAGCAGCACAUAACUGCAGUGGACUGUUGCCAAAAUCUACAAAGAGUACACAGAAGGAUGUGCUGGAAUUUAAUUUAAAGACUGUAACUGUACAAGAAUCUAAGUACUAACACUGAGCCAACUGAAAGAAAGACAGUAAAGAAGGUUGGAUGCACAUUUUAUUGAACCAGCAGCUGUUGGUGGGUGUGUCAUGUUUUCCAAUGCAAUACAGCCCUUUAGGAUAUUCAAACUUUCAUGUUGGCCAACAAGCUGAACCAGUGAAAAGAAUUGGCUUAUCAAUUUCCUCUUUUCUAUUUUUGUGUUAGUAGAAAAUUGGCAUAAGCAUCAUCCAAAGAACCACAUUACUCCUACAUUAGUGAACUGACAGACAUACUGUUUCCAAAUAAGACUGUUUUGGAACAUUAUUGCCUCCAAAGACUAAUUUUUGCUAGGCUAGAAUGAAGGGGUUAAAGGGAGAAUCUCUGAAUUUAGCUCUAAAGAACAAGGCUACGGUAAUUCUGAAGCAGCUUAGUUUUACACAAAGAUUCAUUGCAUUUGAUCUUGAAAACAAACUCAAAAUGAGGUUUUCUGAAAUGAACUGCUGUAUAGAUACCUUGUUUUAUCAAUACAAAACUGUUUCUUCCUAAACACUUUCUUUCUGGUGCACACAAACACUUAUAGCAUGUAAAGAAUUUUUGAAAGGUGCUCCUUUAAACUUUUACACUGUAAAAUUUACAGUAACUACUAAUAUUCACAUAAAUCAAAGGCUAAAAUAUUCUGGUGACUUUUGAUACUUUUGAGAUUCAUAUACUAAGCUACAGUGCUUUUAUUAUGGGGAUUUACUAUGUGAUGUAAUAUAUGGUUUAUAGAGUAACAACAACACUUGCUUAGUGUUUCCAGAGCGUACAUCUCCUAAAAGAUUAUUGAGAAAGCAAAGUAAAUGUAUCUAGUAGGGAAUUUCUAAGGAGAAAAUUUAAAAAAAUCUAAGCUGGAAUACACAAAGACAUAGAAUCAUUCCAAAUCAUGGAGAGUAUCAUUAACUCAUAUAUUCUUAUGUCUUACAACUUCCUUUAGUGAAUACGUCAUAAAGACAGCAGAUUUUAAAAGUUUAUUUUAUAUCAUUCAGAAUAGGAUGCAACUUGUAUAUGCUAGACUAUUAGUUUUAUUUUCUGAAUUACUUGUUCUACUGAACAAUGAAGUUCUCAAAUUACUUACAGAAACCAAUGGAUGGUAUUAUAGAAGAAGUUAUUAGGGGCUACAGGGUGUGAUAACAUUUCCUUUCCAUAUAUGUGAUAAUGUUGUGCCAACAGUUUAUAAUGGUUUAUAAGAUAGUAAGCAUGACCAUAAUAAUUUUACUUUUAAUUUUUAGUAUUGUACACUGCUUUGUGUGUCAUUUCUGGCAUGACUGCAGUUCCUAAACAAAUAAGAAAAUGACAUUUUUCCUUUGCUAUUAAAUGCUUAGGGAGAUGGACACUGAUAGCUGGAAUUAGAAUUUUGUUUCUGACUUCAACAGGAGGAGUGUCAGACUAAACAUUCCAAUUUCAGUGGCAUUCCAAGAGCCAUGGCUCGCAGUGGUCUCAAUUAAGAGAAGCCAAGUUCAUAAGCUCACAUGAUUCACAUUUGUACCUCUGGACUUUCUGCUUUGAUUUCCAUGGAUCAAACCACUACAUUCCUUUUGUCUACUUCUCCAAAUAUGAAAAGAGAUUUGAAAAGCCAAACAGGAGCUACAGCCACCAAAGAAAACAAAGAAGAAAAUCCAAGUGCAUAAUCUGAUGUUUACACACACGUAUUUUCUUUCACAGGUGUGUCACCAAUGUGUGCAAAAGGUGUGUGCUCGAAGUCAGAUGGGGUGUAGGAUUUGGAGUAAUUAUGUUAGCAGAGUUCUCAUGAGCAACACGCAGAAUCAAACUUUGGGGACCAAGAAAAUUCACCACAAAAGGAGAAGGGUGUUUUUUAAAUGGUCAAAAAUCCUCUCCUGCCCUGAGCAAAAUCCAAGAGCGAAUAGACUUCCAAGCUCCCACUGCCCAUAUCUAUUGCAACCCCUGCACAUCCUCCAAAGUUUUCCCCAUCUCCAAAAUGCAGUACCCCCUUUCACCUUAAUCUUUGGAAAUUGCAUGGUCCCUUCAAAGAACAACACUUUCCAUAGUCCAUCACAUGCUAUACCAUCAACCUUUUUACCGCUCUUGCUUGUUGCUGCUGCUAUUCCUUCUCUGCCAGAAACAAUGAGGGAUGCGAGAGAUGUGUUUGAGGAAUUGGGGUGACAUUUUUCUGAUCUCUUGGUUUGAUUCAGGAAAUUGUUAUCGGGGUUUCCCUUUUCUUUCCAGGAAACCGUGGGAAAUUCCAUAGCUAAACAGAGAUAGUCUCAGAGAGCUUGUCGAUCUCUAAUUGGGAGCAGCUUGACAUAAUGUGCCUUCCUCAUAAGUUGACAGGCACACAAAUCCUUGCCACGUUUUAAUCGGACUUGUGGGAGUGUUUUUGUGAAUGAGAAUUGCAGCCCUCAGAAUGUAUUUUAAAAGCCACUGCAUUUGUUCAUCAUACCACCUUAACUGCAAGACCUAACGAAACACAAAAGAAAAGCAUAAUCUUAUAUGGCUACUAUUCACACUAUGUAUAUAGGUUGGCCAUCACGGACCGUACUGAACAACUACUCUUGCAAUAGAUCUCUGUUUGGAUUUUAGAAUCUCUUUCAAAACAGCUGCUCAGAAGUUAAGUUUGAAGCAUAUCUACUUUCUUCCUAAUAACAAUACUGGCUUAAAAUUUUUGUUUUGUAAAAUCAUUUGUGAGAUAUUAAUAGACCUUGAGCAGAAAACUAAGCUAAAUUUUUGCCAUAGGAUAAGAUUUGGUUUUCUUCUGCAAAGUAUGUGCAAAACUAAAAAGACUCAGGAUAGAGAUUGUGGAGGUUUAACUUUGUCUCUGCCUCCCCUUUUAUUGUGAGCAAUGUUAUGAUUGUAGAAAAAUAAACUGGAUAAUCUAGAAGUGUAAUACUGGUUUGGGUAAAAAUGAAUGGAAAGCUGCACAGUAUAUUGUACUGAUGUAAGUAGAACUAUUUGCAUAUGAUGUGAUUUUAUUUAUUGCAUUUCUGCAGAGACAGAAUUCAUGACUGUGGAUACACGUAACCUCUGUGUGAUGUAUUUUUAUUUCUUUUACAAGUUUCUUAUUCAAAAUAUUGGUGUCUAUUGACUAUUAAGUGUGUACAUUUUCUUGUAAACGUUUCAAGUAGUACAGAUUGUCAUAUUCCCACAUUAUAACAAAAGGCUUCCAUUAAAGAUAUGAACCUAUACAUUCACCUAACAGUGUGUUCUCGUGAUAUGUUAAGAUAAUCCUUGCUAUACAACAUGCAAUUGGUACAAUAGGAAAACUUAUUUUAAAUGGCUGGGGGAGAUCUUUCAGAUAGCCACUUUUCUACCACCACCCAAGAAAUCCACACCCAUUCAAAUAUGCUGACUUUUAUACAAUGGUUGGAUAACUUGCCCCCCAGAUAUUGCUGGAAUCCAAGUCAGGGGGAAGGGUCACAUUGGUUAUCCCUGUUUUAUACUACACUGGUUGGUAUUAGUGGAAUGGACUAUUCAUAAUUAUAAACAUUUAAUAACAAGAAAAAUGGGUAGAUAAAUCUUGGGUGUCCAGAGCACUGUCUAGUCAUGUUGUGUUGGAUGAGUUUCAGUUAGUAAGGCUUGAAUAUGUGCUUGGAUUAAUCAGGGUGACCACUUGUGCUCUGGACAUUUGGCUGAUAAAAACCAGCAGGGAAGGGACAGCUGGCUGAGCCAGGGAGUUGAUUAAUGCCUCUUUACGUGAGGAGGUGGUCCCUGCCUGCCUGAAGGAGGCAGUGGUAAAACCACUCCUCAAGAAACCCUGGAUUUGGAAAAUCUAACUAGCUACCAUUCGGUUGCUCACCUCCCUUUCCUGGGGAAGGUUCUAGAGUGGGUGGUUGUCAAUCAGAGCCAGGCGCUCUUGGAGGGAAUAGAUUUUCUAGAUCCCUUUCAGUUGGGGUUUAGCCCCAGUUUUGGCACAGAAAUUUCUUGGGUCACCCUGUAUGAUGACCUCCGUUGAGAGAGAGAUGGGGAAAAUGUCCCCACUGUGGAAGGAUGUGUGGAUCCAGAAUUGGCCUCUACAGUCACUUAUGGACACACCAUUAAGACCGUGUUAAUGAAAGACAAUCUUACUCGGCCAUGAGUGAUCACCGAAGGAAGCAACAUUGAUUUCAACAGGGCUUACCCCUGAGUAGACAUGAUUAUAAUUAAGAGACACUAUAAUCAAACUUUAAAUGUAUGCAAAAUGAGCAAAGUGAACUCUUGAGGGUUUUCUUAUAGGAAAAAAAAGUUGCUGUGUUUUUUGUUAUUUCAUGCUGCUACUUUAGUGUUAAUAAUUAUUAUAAUUAUAAUUAAAGGCAUCCUUUACCAUUUAAUUUAUGGUUUUAUUUUUGUUAACUGCUUUGAGGUCUCUGGAGUAAACAUGGGAUAUAAAUGCUUUAAACAAAAAAUUAAUGAAAGGUUGUUCAAAGAUCUCAAGAUUCCUAUUCAAGUUCCAGUAUCUCCAGUGAUGACUGUCUGUAUCAGGGAUUAACAGCUAUCAGCCUCUGUGCAGUCAAGUAUGGGGCAAGGCAAAGGCAGAGAAGAAGAAAGGCAAAUGCAAGCUUGCAAGAGCAGAUUGCUUUGUUGUAUAGACUGCUGGGCAUCCAUGAUAUAGAACUUCAGUGUCAGUGAAUAUUAAUUGCCUAAUCUAACCUGUCAGCUCAAGGAGGUUGGCUAGGGGAGAUCGUAUCCACACUAAUCUUCUUAAUUUAUCUGUAGCCUUACGUUGUAAUGGCCACUGUUACACGGAUUUAUGGGAGUGAAGAGGUCCAUCAAUGCCUAAUAUGAAGCAAUAUGUUUCUGAAAAUUAGUCAGUGGGGUGGGGUGGGGGGAGCAACAAGAAGUAUGGGCUACUGCUCUGCUUGCAGAUUUCUCAAAAGCAUCUGGCUAGUCUGUUCAUUCUGAAGAUUGAUAUUCUGCAUUCCAGUCAAAUGAUUCUGAAGGUACCUUGGAAACAUAUAAAAGACCCCACUCUCACUGAUGCACACAUACAACCCAGCAGUCUUUUGGCUGAGGGAUGGGACCAGAGCAUACUUCCCUUAAGGGGCAUGUGUCCAAAUUUUGACAAAUCUGUGCCCUUUUGGGGUGGUGGCGAGGCAUUUUCCCUUUUUCAAGCAAACAGCGAUCCUUGGCGCAACCUUCCAGUGGCUCUUGCUCUCCUCUCUGAUGGCAGACACCAGAGUAUGCUUCCCUUCUAAACUCCAGAGGUUUAGAUUCUAGCUGAACCUUUACUCUGAUCUGACAGGAAGGAUGCUUUGUACAUUCCUUUAACCUGAGCUUGGAGAUGCUGAAGAUGUUAACUCCCUGCCUGAUAUCUCUCAGGUAGGUACUUGACUCCCAACACUAGCGGUCAGCCUCUCAGCUGCUUCUGUUUGCCCCCAGCAGCUCAACUGCUUCCUUAGAACUUGUGCAGGAAUUUAUUUAUACUGUAUACUAGCUUUCGAUGGCAAAGAUGAGAACAAAUUCCUAGCUUUCAGGGUCAUGCAGAAAACCUUAAAACUACUGGUAUGUCUUCUGAACUAUAUACCUAUUGUAUGGAAGUUAACAAUGAAAAUUGAUUCUACGUACUCCAAUGGUAGCCAAAAGACUGAUAUUGAUAAUUGGAAGAAUAAAGAUAUAAUCCCCUUUAAUAAAUGGAUCACUAAUAUGAUAAUACUCACAACUUAUGAAUGGACUGCUUACAGACGUAGAUUUUGCUUGGGAAAAUAUGACAAUAUUUGGAAUGAGUUUAUACAAAAGGUAAAGGGACCCCUGACCGUUAGGUCCAGUUGCAGAUGACUCUGGGGUUGCGGCACUCAUCUUGCUUUUCUGGCCGAGGGAGCCAGAAUACAGCUUCCGGGUCAUGUGGCCAGCAUGACUAAGCCGCUUCUGGCAAACCAGAGCAGUGCACGGAAAUGCCGUUUACCUUCCUGCCGGAGCGGUACCUAUUUAUCUACUUGCACUUUGACGUGCUUUCGAACUGCUAGGUGGGCAGGAGCUGGGACCAAACAAUGGGAGUUCACCCCGUCGCAGGGAUUUGAACCGCCAACCUUCUGAUCAGCAAGCCCUAGGCUCUGUGGCUUAACCCACAGCGUCUCCCGCGUCCCAUACAAAAGGUAGUAGGCUAUUAAUAUUUACAUAUGUAUUAGGAUAAUAAUAUAUAUGGGUUAGGAUGUAUGGGUUAGGAUAUUUUUUGUAUAUAUUCAUAUAUAGUUUUCUACACAUUUUUGUGCCUUUUUGUUUCUCUUCUCUUUGUCUCUUUUUAUCACUUUAUUUACAGUUGAAAUCCUUUCAAUAAAAUAUUACCAAAAAAAAUGUAAGAUUGCAAAAAUGUAGUAAAUUAAUUGAUCAUAUUGAAACAUUUUAAAAUGCUUGAUUGGUUAAUCUCUUCAUUCCUGCAGAGUGCAGACAGAAAAAACCCUCUUCCAGAAAACAGGGCAGCAAGCCAAAUAUAAAUCAAACUGAUGAUCCUUAGGCAGAGGUGGAUUCUUUCAACAGUCAGUAAAUAGCCCACUGUGUUAAAAAUGCCAAUUCACUUUGGAAACGUAUUUUAGAUUCAAGCUAUGGUGCAGCGACUCAGAAAUUUCUUCCCAGAAAGCCUGCCAUUCCUUAAAUGUUUAUAGGUAGGUAGGUAUGUCACCACGCAAGAAUAAAUAUCUUAAAGGCUUCAUUAAUAAUCCUCUCUGCAGUCAGAGACUGAGAACUGAAAGACAUUUAGAAGCAUGGGCACCUCCAGGGCAGGGCUGAGACAGAUAGAGGCAAAGUAUUUCAGUGUUUCUAUCAGAGAAUUACUUUUUUAAAAAAUCCUCAUUAUUGUGCCCCAGUGCUGUCAAGAAAGCAAAAUGUUAACAACAAACAAAAACAGCAAAAUGUGUGUGUGUGUGUGUGUGUUGCUUGUGUUCAGUAUGCAAAAAACACCAUUAGAGCAUUCACAAUUUGAGCCUCUAGUUUUACCUUCAAUAGCUAGAGCUAGAGCUCUGAGAAGAAUCUGGCUGCCCUGCCCAUCCACUAAAAUAUGGCUAGAAAAAUUAAUAGGGAGUCUAGACUAUGUCCAUCUUAGAACAUGCUCUAGCAGAAUUGGCAUCAACAAUAGAAUCCUAUGAUCCCAGAGGGAAGAAGACAGCUGUAUACAUACAAACACUCACAUUGUUGUCAGUUUUUGUUUUUAUUAUUCAUUGAAUUGUAAUUCCUACACUAAUUUUAAAAACAAACUGCAAGCUGUGUUGCUAAAAGAAGGUGUUUCAGAAUGUCAAUAGCACUUACUCAUUUACUGUACAAUCACCUCUAGUUGGCUCCUGUACAUGCAAACAUUUGGUUGCAUCACACAUAUGGGGAAGAGUUAUUUAUACAGGGAUUUAUUAUUCUAUCUUCUCCAAUGGUCCAAGCUGUAUUUCUGCAGCCCCAUCCACCAGGACAUUGCUCCUAAAGACAUACAGAGAAAGGGUGGGAGGAGAAGUGCUUCUUACUGAAUACCUUUCAUCACAGAAGCAAGCUUUAUAGCCCUGCAUCACUCACUAUGGAAAAGAAACAAAUUGACUAACAGUAAAGUGCUAAUUAAAGUCCACAAGCUUGCUAACUACUCCGUUCUGCUCACAGAGCAAUCAGAAAAUGAUGGGGGGGGGGGUUUAAUACCGCCUUUAAAAUUCCUCCAAAAAUCCACAAGUAAGAAAAAUAAAACCUUUGGUCAAACACAACAAUACACAGCCCAACCAGUCCCACUGAUGAAAAAUGCUAUCCUUAUUUGAUAGAUGUUAAUGAUAAUAUUGCUUAAUGAAUUACUGGAAGGUGGUAAAGUAAAAACAGCAACAGUAGACUCAGAUCUCAAAUUAUCUGAAUAGUAAUGAUGAAUAACAAGCAGAGGAAAGAAGAAAAAUACCUUGGGGGUUUCUUCUAUUUAGUUAAAGCAGAGAAAGGAUUUAAGCUAUUGAGGGGAGAGGAGUUGAAAAGGGAAAAUCUCAUCCUUCAGGAGGUUUAAUUAAUUUUCAGUUAGUUACCUAGCAGUUGUACUUUGGACUAACAGGGACCCAUUGAAGAGAGCACUGUCUUGCUUGUGGUGGUGGUGGCUCUAAGUCAGUUUCCAGGAAAAAUUAAAAGUGCUGAAGCUCUUCUUUAAAACCUUAAAUGACAUACAGGGUAAGUGUCCAAAUAUCAUGCUCAUCUUCAAUAGGGCUGUUGCAGUACGGUUCUUCAAAACAAGCAUCCUUGUUUGAUUACUUAUGAGUAGGUCUACGUUGAACAGGGCCCUGCUCGCAGCAUUCUGUGAAGACAGCAAGUACAACCCAUUGAACUACACCUCAACUGUUCAGCUGCCUUCUCUGUCACUGCUUCCCCGAAUCACCCAAAGCCCCCAAGCUUAAAAGGAGUGAGAAGCCAAGGUAGCAGUGACAGGUGAUUCAGCUCCACUACAGUGACCACUUCUAGCCUCAGAAGCCCUUGUCCUCUGCAGAAAAUGAUGCAAACCAUGUUCCUACCAGGAAUGCUGGAAGCUGUGCCCCCAGCCUGUUUCUUGGUGAAAAGGGUAAUCUGCCAAAGAAUUGGAACACUCACCACUACCUUUGCUGCUGUCCCCUGUCCCCUUCUCCUGGUAAGUUUGGUGGGUCCUGGGGUGCAAAGGAAACGGAAGGCAGCUGUGGGCACUUGAAGCACACAGAAAACAUCUAUCAUUUGCACAGUUGCAUGUGCAAAGGGUUGAAUAUAGGCAUGUUUGUGCCACCCUGAUCUACAGACACCAACCCAUCAAGUCCCUCCCUAAACAGCUCAAUAGUGGCAGCCCAUAUACAGACACUUGAAGUGUCCCUAUUUUCCAAGGACAGUCCCGGAUUUACAGAAGCCAUCCUGGUUUCUGAUUUGAUCCUGGUAUGUCCCACUUUUCCUUAGGAUGUCCCUAUUUUCACUGGAUAAAUAUUAGAGGGUAUGGAGUUAUGAGUCAAGGAGAUAAGUAACUAUACAACCUUUAGAAGACAUCUGAAGGCAGCCCUGUAUAGGGAAGUUUUUUUAGUGCUUAAUAUUUUAUAAUGCUUUUAUAUAUGUUGGAAGCUGCUCAGAGUGACUGGGGCAACCCAGUCAUAUUUUUGGGGUAUAAAUAAUAAAACCAUCAUCAUCAUCAGGGAAUAGGACAUCCCUAUUUUCAUCAGGAAAAUGUUGGAGGGUAUAUAUGUACCAUAUAUAAAAUUCCCUCCAAAUGGAAGCCUACCUGGUGUUGUUUUUUCAACACCCAAGUGAAGACUUGUUUACUUUCCAGCUUUUUACAGUUCUUUAGUUUUUAAUAUUGUAGACAACUCUAGAUGUAUGGCAUGUUUUGGUUCUUCAGCUGUUGCUAUUAUUGUAUUGUAAUAUCUCUAUUUUAUGAGUAUGACUGCUGUCCUGAGAUGUUUGGUUUCUUUAAAAAAAAAAAACCUAAAGGGCUGCUUGUAAAUAUUUUAAAUUAAUUAAUUAAUAAAACAUUUGGACAUGUACAAAAAUGCUGUUAACACCGGAGUUUAAAAACCAGAUACAUGGGGGAAGGGUUGAUAUCAGAGGCUUCUUUGUUGCGGAAAGACUGCUCUUUAC